CUGCUCUCAGCUACUGUACCUAGCAGAUUGGGAGAGGAAUUUUACCCAGGGACAGAGCCAGGCAGCUCAGGGAGGGGGGCAGUUUGCAAGGAUGGCUACUCUGGUGGGGCCAGGAGCAGACAUGGACCCUGCAAAGAACAUCCUUAACCCAUCUUCAACAUCCCCAUCGCUAUCACACAGGUUCCUUGACAGUAAAUUCUACCUGCUGGUGGUGAUUGGAGAAAUAGUGACAGAGGACCAUUUAAGGUGUGCCAUCUCUAACAUUGAAAAAGGUAAGACACAAAAGGAACUUUCAAUCUGUCAUUUUGUUUCUCUUCAAUUACUAAGCUUUCAGCAAAACCACUGGUUGCUAUUUAUUUCUGCUUGUAGCCAGAGCUGAUGCUGUGCUUUGCCUUGGAGGAAAAUUGUCUAGGAUGGGAUGAUGCUGCAAAUAAAUGUUGCCAGGAAGAUUAUGAUGUAAUUUUUUGGGGAGUAUUUUUUUUGUUGUUAAUGAUCAGAUGUAUGCAAUAUAUGGAUUGUUGUAUAAAAUAAAAUAUAGUGAUUUUUUCCCCUUUUUUUGGAGGUGGUUGGGGGGGUGGGGGCGAACAAAGACAAUGUGAUGCAGCCACUCCCUUUUUCUGUAGAGACUAUAUGGUGGGCUGCAGAUCAUCUAACAGUUGGCAAGGAAGCAGCUCCUCCCACACUGAGAGCUUCACACGAGGGAGACAGCAGUGAGCUUGAAGAAUACAUUUUGUAACAUUGUUCAUGCAGGAUAAUGGGAGGAUGAUCUGACAUUCUGGAUACAGUGUUAUUUCGUGAUGCGCAGGAGAGAGAAUGAUUUGGGGUUACUUUGCAGUUCUACAUAGAGGCAGCUUGCAUUGAUGCACAUUUAGCUGAUCUGAUGGACAGUUUUUAAUGAGAAUGCAGCAAAUAAAGUGUGUGGAUGGCCAGUAGCACCUAGAUUGGUCCCUCCUAGGUGUGCUUGCAAUCAAGGCUCUGGUGUUUCUAAUUAUAUCUAAUUUCCUGGCUCCCAUCACAAGGACAUAUAAAGAUCACAGGCUCAUACAUAGUGACCUAAAAGGCAACAUGCGGGUACAUUGCAAGGGCACACAGUCAUAGAGAGGACACAUAGAUCCCACACAGUUACAUAUUGGAUAUUAUCAGAAAUCCCUCACUGAGUGACCCACCUACACUGGGAGCCAGGAAUCAGCAUCAGGACCUGUCAUAGAGCAGAGAGGGAGGAAAGGCUGCGCCUUAUCCAGGGCACCCCACCCACUAUGUUGGCAGCCACAUGCUUUCCGUGGGUUGUUGGUAUUGCCCAGCUGCCCUGGUUUCCUUAUUAUGCUCCUAGAUCAGUUUAUCUUAGUCUCCAUUUCAUGAUACAUAGUGUGAUUAUAAUACAGUAUUGGAAUAUCUGCAUAGGAUGCAGCAGGCUGUGAUGUCCAUACUAAUGAGCCUGGCAGCAUUGAUACUCUGCAUUGUGUAUUAGUGGGCACGGGGGGUGGUGGUGGUGGUGGUGGCUGGAUUCCCUGGUGGCUGUGGUGGUGGCUCACGGUGCCCUUGCGGCAGGGCUGUGUGCAUUGCUGGAAUGACACUUGAAGCAGAGAUGCCGGCUGGUGGGCGUGGCGCACUCCGCACUGCGGUCCCUAUGGCAGCGCACAGUGGACAAAGAGCGUUCAUGCAGGCAGCGAAUAGAACGCGGUGACUGCUGCUCUGAGCAAUGUGUGCAGCAUGGAACGUGGGGGAUCGUUACUGUAUCAACCCCUGGCUGAACAUUCUGACACCAUCAUAGCAUCCCCACACAGCAAUGGAGCUCUCUGAAACAGUCUGAUCCACACUGUCACUCAUCACUCUAAACCAGGCAACCUGCAACGCCCAUCCUGCUCAGGCAGCCAGACAUUUACAUCCAGGGAUCAACCAUCUAACAAGAGAAGACUGAGCACAAUCAUAUGGAAAUAACUCACAUUAAUAAAAUAAUAAUAUGUAUAUAUAUAUAUACAUAUAUUUAAUUCGUGCCUAUAUAUAUAUAUAUAUAUAUAUAUAUGUGAUGCUCUAAAUAACAAGGAAUUCUGUAACACAUUAUCUUAAAUAUAAUAAUUUUCAAUAUAUUAAAAAAAUAAAUGCCAAAUUGCUUUAUUCCAUAUAAUCUGUAUGUGUCGUGUAUUGGCCUAAUGGCAAGUUGAAUUAGCUGGUUAUAAAUGCUGUGUCAUUAUUUGUAAAAGUCCUUGUAAUUGUAUUACAGAUGUUUCAAUCCUAUAUUUAUUAAGGCUAUUUUUAUAAUUUCAGGAUUUUUGAAAACGAAUUACAAAUUUAAUGGAACAUAACACACAUUGUAGGAAUCAUUGAGACUGUAGAUGACACACCCAUUUUUUAUUGCCAGCAAAAGAACAAACAUAAAUAGUUAAUAAUCUAAAUUAUAAAAAAAAAAAAUCUUAAAUUAAACUCUUGUUUGUCCUAUGAGUUUUAGAACUGUAACUAAUUUGUAAUUGAUAAUAGCACAGAUCCCGACAGCAAGUUUACUAUUAUAAUGUUUUGGUUUUUAGUUUACUUGUGAAGCGCCAUCUUGUCUGAUGAAGCCACACCCCUGGCAGCUAAUGUUAAGCAUGCAAUAUCUGGAUAACCCAAUCAGGGUUAGUCACCAAAGUGUGAAUUGUCCAGAAUUCUGAGUAAAUAUCAACGUUAAUUUAAAAUGUAGGACAAAACAGCUGAACAUAAAACAACAAAAUAUCUUUUUUUUUCCAAUUUUUAAUUUUUUUAUUUUGAGUAUCCUGAGCUGAAAUUUGACAUUCACUCCGAAUUCGCUUUAAAUUCCCGACAUUUCACACUUUCAUGGGUUUUUGAAUAUGUAAGAAUGCUUGGGAUAGGAGAUGGCAGGGCCCACACCCUGUGUUUCACUGCCUCUGCUUCAGCAUCCCCUUUGCUGACUUGCUUAUAAUAGCACUGCAGCCUAGAACACAGCAUUUUCCUCACAGUAAGCUCAACUAAAGGCCUUUCUGUACGAUAACAUGAUACAGUUAAUACUACAUUGUCACAUCUAGUCUGAUGUCAUCACAUAUAUAUAACAGGAGGGCAGGUAUUGAAACUGGGUGCUUAGUCUAAUGUUCAGGAGGGCGGGUAUUGAAACUGGGUGCUUAGUCUAAUGUUCAGGAGGGCAGGUAUUGAAACUGGGUGCUUAGUCUAAUGUUCAGGAGGGCGGGUAUUGAAACUGGGUGCUUAGUCUAAUGUUCAGGAGGGCAGGUAUUAAAAACUGGGUGCUUAGUCUAAUGUUCAGGAGGGCGGGUAUUGAAACUGGGUGCUUAGUCUAAUGUUCAGGAGGGCAGGUAUUAAAAACUGGGUGCUUAGUCUAAUGUUCAGGAGGGCGGGUAUUGAAACUGGGUGCUUAGUCUAAUGUUCAGGAGGGCAGGUAUUAAAAACUGGGUGCUUAGUCUAAUGUUCAGGAGGGCGGGUAUUGAAACUGGGUGCUUAGUCUAAUGUUCAGGAGGGCGGGUAUUGAAACUGGGUGCUUAGUCUAAUGUUCAGGAGGGCAGGUAUUAAAAACUGGGUGCUUAGUCUAAUGUUCAGGAGGGCGGGUAUUGAAACUGGGUGCUUAGUCUAAUGUUCAGGAGGGCUUAUUGAAACUGGGUGCUUAGUCUAAUGUUCAGGAGGGCAGGUAUUAAAAACUGGGUGCUUAGUCUAAUGUUCAGGAGGGCGGGUAUUGAAACUGGGUGCUUAGUCUAAUGUUCAGGAGGGCAGGUAUUGAAACUGGGUGCUUAGUCUAAUGUUCAGGAGGGCGGGUAUUGAAACUGGGUGCUUAGUCUAAUGUUCAGGAGGGCAGGUAUUAAAAACUGGGUGCUUAGUCUAAUGUUCAGGAGGGCGGGUAUUGAAACUGGGUGCUUAGUCUAAUGUUCAGGAGGGCAGGUAUUAAAAACUGGGUGCUUAGUCUAAUGUUCAGGAGGGCGGGUAUUGAAACUGGGUGCUUAGUCUAAUGUUCAGGAGGGCAGGUAUUGAAACUGGGUGCUUAGUCUAAUGUUCAGGAGGGCAGGUAUUGAAACUGGGUGCUUAGUCUAAUGUUCAGGAGGGCAGGUAUUAAAAACUGGGUGCUUAGUCUAAUGUUCUUAGUUGCACCUGAUCAGUUAUGUCCAAUUGUCCAUCUGUCCUGAUUUUACACAGCAAAAUCCUCAUCGAGGUAUAUGCAUCCUCUACUGUCCUUAAUAUAAAAUCAAAUGUUUUUCUAAAUAAUUUGAGGCCCAACAUGCUUAGUCACAUUAAAGUGAAAAAUGUUCUUGAAGGUCCCAAACUGCAAUAACUAAAGCGAGAUAUCAAUGUUUUACUCCAAGAAACUUUAUAAAUCACAUUAUCCACUAAACUGAAUUGGAGAAAUUAAUAAAAUGAAAAAGACUGCAGCUCAGCAUUUAUAGUUUGAUGUGAAAUUUGCAAUCCUCUUGUUGAUGGUCUACAAUUCCCAUUUAAGUAAAGAAACCCAGCAGGUUGUGGUACAGGAGCAGAUUGGAAAAGUUUGGUACCACUAGAGCUCGAGUACAGGCCAUGUUUGCUUCAAAAUGUCUGUGGAGAGUUAUUGACUGUGAAAGGGAUUGGACAGAAUUGACUAGGGAAAUGUAAAUAUCUAUAGUCUAGACUAAAGUAAUCAAACUGGAAAAAUUAUCCAAGGGCUAGUUUUUUUUUCCUUAUUUUAUCCUAAAAUCAUUUGCAACUCUACACAAUUCCUGUUUUAGUAAAUACACUCUUCCGUGAAUAUGUUGUUUAAUAUUAUUGAGGUAACAAAUUUCUUUAUAACAUCGGUGUUGAGCAAAGCAGGGGAAUAUGCAUAGUGAAUAUUUUUUUAGAACAUUUUUGGCUGUUUUUACUAACGUCACAUGGUGUUAGAGGAGUAGCUCUAAAGGGCCAUAGUGCAAAAAUAAAUGGAUUCUAUUAUUACUAUUAGUCCAGAGAAAAAUCUAUGGGCCACUUGAGACUAUUGAACUACGAAAAUAUAUGGUUAAGUGUAACUAGUGGAUAUUUGUGUGUCAGCCACACCCACUGUGCCUAAGUAUGGUGUAUAAGUCCGUUUUGUGCGCCUAAGUAUGGUGUAUAAUCCCGUCAGGGUGUAUCUUAGGAUCAUGGUCCUGAUAUAAAUGCUUAAUGGGUUUAUUAAAAUAAUGCCCUUGCUCAAAGUAUAUAAUUAUAUAUGCAAUAACCCAAUGUCUUUGAUGUGUCCAUGUGAUGGAAUGUUAAGUGGAUAUAACACUCCUGAAUCAUCAUAUACGUGGGAUAGCAUUCUCGUCACUUUUAACAGAAUAAAAAGUAUAAGGGUGUGUAGUGUCACGUGUUAUUUUUGGAAACACUAGUCCAAUAGAUCCAUACAAAACCCCUCAAAUAGUAAAGUGAAAGUAUAGAAUUUUUUAGAAUAAUGGCAAAUAUUCGCUGUCUGGAUCAAUUACUGCACCCAGCAUUGCAUUACAUUAUAGUUAAUAUGAAUAGGUCUCUGGGGCUCCCUGUGUAAUGGUCUUCAGGCAGUCAUUCCGAGUCAAUUAGCAAGUAAGGAAGAGGAAACAUGCUAUGACAUCAUUCAUUACUCUGUUCUUCCUUUUUCGUCCCUGAAUUGGCAACCUCUCUAUUGCGCUAAUGUAGUGUGAUGCGUAGGGGAGUGUAUAUCCUUCUUAAACCAAACCCAACAUCUUGGCUGCCUUUGAAUAAAUGUCAUGGAAUCCAUGUUUUGCCUGUCUGGUUUGAGGGCUGAUUGUUUCACAAUAGAUUUGGAGUGCUGUAUUUCGCAGACAGGGCUGUUGUGUUCUAAUACUAUAUAUUAUAUGUAUUGUAUAUUAUAUAUUUAAGAGUUAUUUAAUUAUUGCUAUCUAUGGCAUGAUAUUGGCUAUAUUAUUGAAGCAGGUUGAAUUCUGCCUCUCCUUAGGCAGGAUACGUUGAAGGCCCUCCAUUGAUGUGAGAGCUCAUACAGUUCCAAGUAAUAUACAUAGCCUUUAUUAUCCAUAUAAACUAGUGAUUUUAUCUGGUCCCAACUUGUAAACUGAGAUGUCAGAAUUGGUUUUAGAAAUAAUUGAACAAUUGGGGCUAACAGGUGAUUGAUUUGCUUUAAAAAAACGUGGCUUGUUAACGCUGGUUUAAAUAAAAACAAUUCAUGGAAUUGGAUAGAAAGGUUAAACACACCGAAAUGUGCACUCUAAACGCUAAAAGGUGAGUCCAGCCCUCGUUCCCUCAACCCGCUGUUUACUAAGAGGCAUACGUUUCAAACGUUUGUCUUGUAUUAUAGCUUCUCAUAGUGGAAAUGUUUAAAAAUGUAUAUAUUUAAAAGCACAAUUUUAAUAUAUAAGCUAGCGGGCAUGAAUCAAGGUGUUUUGCAGUUUUUACAACGUUUCUCUUGAUAUUGAAAGUAGCUGGUUGGAGGAUGACUGAAUAAUAGGUGUUAUAGUUCAAUAAUGGCUGUGGAUGUGUACCUUUUCUACCCCUAUAUUAUAAUUUCAUUUUUGUAUUAUUUUACUUAGUUAACUAAUUCCACAUUGUGACUUGAGAAUUUUGCUAAAAUUGUUUCAUAUCACACUCAUUUCCAUAUUCUUAGUUCACUAUUUUUAAAUCAGAGGUUCCCAGUAAGGUGAGCAACACAGAUGAGGCCGUUCCGUCUGUACAUCAUAUUACCCAUUAGAAAAAGGCUUGGAACAGACUGGAUCUUGAAAGAGAAAUGAAUCAACAAACAAGGCCUAGGAAGAGAUAUAAAGGAAGCAACUGUAUCUGAGAGCAAAGCUGGGGGAGAGGGAUUUGAGCAAAAAGUUGGAGAUAUACUUAAGAAAUAGUUUGUAAGAAGCAACUUAGAAAGAAAAUGGCUAAAGAGAUAGUUUUUUUGUUUUUUUUAAAUGGAGAAAUGCUUGUAGACAGAAAUUCGAAGAUGGGGGGAUAGCUGAGAACCAAGAAGGACGAGAAACCUGGGAGUGCGAAUGAAAAAGAGAACAGAGAAUAGAGAGGAACUUACUGAAGGAAAAUGGCUGCUAGUCUAAGCCAAUCGGUAGAUCCACAUUCAUAAAAAAACAGAUUGAGUAACGCAUGUAUGAUUCUUAAACCAUUUUGUGAAUGGGAAGAUACUGAUUGUCUGAAGACGUCAGCUGACCACUCUAAGCCAAUCUCCGGUUCCCUGGCCCACUGUGGUUCGAGGCUUCUCUUCUUGCAUAUUUUUGAAAGCGGAUACGGGAAGGGGCAGAGCAAAACUGCACUUGAGAAGAGAAUUUGGGGUUAAAAGCUUGGUAAACAAUGUAACCACUGAAGGUAAGCCUGAAGUUGUUAUGAUACCUGGAAUGUUCCUUCUAUUAGAGGAAGUGUGGCAAAGAAACUCAGUCCAAGGUAUUUAGUUUGACCAACCUGACCCAAACUACCCGGCAGAAAAGCUGUGAGAUUUCGUGUCCAUAUUAGCAUUUUGUAUGAAUGAAGAUCUUUUUGGAUAGUAAGAGGUUCCAUAUUUUUGCCUGGAAGUUUCCCUCACAGACAGUUAUGGGAAACACAACUCAUCCUCAUUUUACUGCAUGGGGAUAUAUUUAGCUCAGCUCAAUUUCCCUGCUUGGCAAUGCAUCCAUUCUGACAUCACCUGAUGAUGAUGAUAUUGUUGUUGUGUCAUUGAUGCAGCACCAAUUUGUAGGCUUGUUGGGUGGAGCCCCUUUUUUUUUUUUUUUAUUCUUUAUUUUAUUUGUGCAAGGGUUCAACACGUCAUGCUUACAAUGCCACAACAGCAAGGGUGAACAGUUAUAUAGACAUCGUGUUACAGUAGUCAGGCAUUAGAGGUUACUGCACAUUUUUAUGUAUAAUUGUUGCUUAUCAAGUAGUUUUUCAGUUCAGCUUAUCGGAAAAAGUGUGGUACAAGGUUAGAUCAAACAUGUCAACAUGAAACAAUGGGAGAUUAAUGCCAUAGAUUGGAACGUUGCUUCUUUAUCGUACAAUGCUAGCGCGGCUAUGGUGAAUAGUCAGUCCAGCUAGUGGUUACAUUAACUAUGUUUGAACUGCUGCAGUUUAUUUCAAUAUAUAAUGAAAGUCGAUGUGCUUCAGGCUACAGCGCAUUAAUAACCUGGUUGGGCUGCGUGGUCAUUAUACAGUACAGUAUGCUUGGUCUAUCCUAUUAGUAAACGUAUGGGUCACAGACGCGGACCAAAAUAAAGUGAGACAUUGUAUUACAUUUAGAAGCACAUUUUUUGGGUUUGGUGAGGAAGAACAGUUUAUAAAAAAACAAGUUAGGUAACUUAAUAGUGCUCGGUCAUGCAUUAGGCAGCUUCUAAAGUAGCGGUAGCAUAUAUCACGACUUGCGCAUUACAUGCUGCAUUGCAAGUGUUGGUGAAGGCAUGUUAAAGGCGUCAUAAGUUGUGCACAAGUGAACCUAUAUAGCAGUAAGAAUAUAUUUAUAGAUAUGCCCUAUUGUAUAGUCUAGGCCUAUAUACCGUGCGUUUGGAGUGGGCUAAUUUUUGUAGGCGUCAAACGGCAUUCAAUGUGUAAAGGCUAUUCAUUAAUAGCUAAAAGUUUAUUAUGUGUGGCUUUAAUAGCCUGCGUGUGAAAGUUGGGCCGAUGCGUAUGAGUGGAGAGUCUACAGCAGGCCUGGCAUUCCUCCGUGACAAGAGUAUGUGUGGUGACAGAUUUCUGGUGCCAAUGACUGACAUGAGAUGUCACGUUGGGUUUAAUAUGCUCGUAAGUGGAGGGUGCAAAUGUUGGUAUAUGUGCCUGAGCUGUGUCGUCCACCAGAAAUUUAUAUUAUAGUAAUCCUUUGAGGCAUAACGUUAUGUGUGUUGAGGUUACAUGACUAGCGUAUAAACAUAUAAUAGAACCAACUGACUGGUGUCUUUAACCAAGGCUGGCUGUUCAGGUAUGUGAGCCAAAGCCCACAGAAGUAACAGAAAAUGAAGAGGGAAAAAAGAAAACAGAACAAAACUAAAAAAAAACAACAAAAAAAACAUUAAAAUGUGCCGAUGUGGCUCAACUAUGUUAGUCCGAUUGUCCGGUUUGGCGUCCCCCCAUGGUGCACAGGUCCCGUUUUCUGCAUAGUUGUGUGGGAACUUCGAGUUAUAGGUGUACCUGGACUCUCGGGCUGUCGGGGGUAUUUAUAGUGUUGUACAGUUCUUUAUGCAAGUCCUGCAGGGUUUGUCCUGUUUCAAGUGGUGGCCUUGGCGUAUGAGUCCGUGGUUGUUCUCCGGGAUACAAACUCCGGGGCAUCGGCUGAGUAUCUUCCUUGUGGGCGCGUUUGGCCUGCUGGUCGCGUCAUCGGAGCCAGUGAGUCCGUGGGGAGGCCAAGUAGACUCAGCGUCCUAGUGGCCUCUUGCAUGUCGUGAAGAGUAUGUUUGUUACUUCCUGCUUCAAUGGUGAGAGUGCGACCUGGUCCCCAAUGGUACCGGAUUUGAUGGAGGUGCAGGAGAGCUGUGAAUGGGCUCAUGUGUCUCCUCCACGCCAGUGUCCCUCCGGACAGAUCCGCGUAAAAUGAGAGGGUCAUUCCCCCAAAGGGAUAUGUGGGCUGUCCUCUAACGGUUUCUAGGACUGCUUUUGUGUCCUUGACAGGGGCGUUUUAGCCGCGAGGCAAACAAGGCAUUUGCCUUGGGCGGCAUUUUUCAGGGGGCGGCAAAAAACGCUGCCCCCAAAUGCCCAGGGCAAAUGCUUUGUUAGCCUCGCGGCUAACUGACCGGCCGGGCGCUGGGCGGGCGGCUGGCGAGGGAGCUCUUCCUCUGAGCUGUCCGCUCAGCUCCCUCGCGCGCCGCAGAGUGAGGCUGGGAGCCGGAAGAUGACGUCAUCUUACGGCUCCCAGCCUCACUUUGCGGCGCGCGAGGGAGCUGAGCACAGCGCUCAGGGGAAGAGCUCCCUCGCCAGCCGCCCGCCCAGCGCCGCCCAGCCGGCAACCACUGGACCACCAGGGAGGUAAUGAACCCCUCCCCCCCAGCACUCCCAAAGGUAAGGAGGUGGGGGGGUAAAUAAAAAUAAAUAAAAAAAUGUGUUAAUGUGAGUGAGUGAGUGUGUGUCUGUUAAUGUGUGUGUGUGUUUUGUUAGUGUAUCUGACUGUGUGAGUGUGUGUCUGUUAGUGUGUAUGUGUGUGUGUCUGACUGUGUGUCAGUGAGUGUGUGUUUGCCUGUGAGUGUGUGUUUGCUUGUGAGUGUGUGUGUGUGUGACUGUGUGUCUGAGUGUGUGUCUGUUAGUGUGUGUGUUUGCCUGUGAGUGUGUGUGUCAGUGAGUGUGUGUCUGUUAAUGUGUGUGUGUCUGUUAAUGUGUGUGUGUGUGUUUGUUAGUGUGUGUGUGUCUGACUGUGUUUGUCUGACUGUGUGUCAGUGAGUGUGUGUGUGUCUGACUGUGUGAGUGUGUUUGCCUGUCAGUGUGUGAGUGUGUCUGUUAGUGUGUGUGUUUCUGUUAGCGAGUGUAUGCAUAUCUGUCAGUGAAUGUAUGUGUGUGUGUGUAUAUUUAGAAGGCGGGUUGUGGGGGGGGGGCGCCUGAGUUUUGUCCUGCCUAGAGCAGCACAAAACCAGGAUACACCACUGUGUGUGUGUGUGUGUGUAUUUAGAAGGCGGGUUGGGGGGGGGUUGGCGUGGGGUGGGGGGGGCCUGCGUUUUGUCCUGCCUAGGGCAGCACAAAACCAGGAUACAUCACUGGUCCUUGAGUGACUGAAAUUGGAGAAUUAGGUCCCCUGUUGCAGUUGGUGGGGCCUUUGCUGGUCGCGGUAUGCGGAAUAUUCCUUCCAAGGUGGUUGCUUUCGCUGCUUUUGGGGUUAGUAGCUCUGUAAGUAAUCUCCUGACGAAAUGUUGGAGUUCGGUCUCUGGAACGGUGUCGGCUACCCCCCUUUAUAUUAUUCUGACGAUUUUUAUCUUCGUGAGCGGCAAGUUGCUGUUCGUGGUGCUGAGCUUUUUUUUGCAGGUCUCGGAUCGCUUCUUGGAUGACUGCAAUCUGGUUGGUGUGGCCGGUGGAGGAAAAUUCUACUGCUCCCAGCCUGUUGGUGAUGCCUUUAAUGUCCUCUCUGAGCAGGGCCACAUCAUCUGCGAUUUUCUUAUGAUGGUCGGCCAUAAGUGCUCCAUGGUCACAGGGGUGUGAGGCUUUGUGAAUGGCUGUGCCUGGGUUGGCGACUGAAACAUAGAAACAUAGAAACAUAGAAUGUGACGGCAGAUAAGAACCAUUCGGCCCAUCUAGUCUGCCCAAUUUUCUAAAUACUUUCAUUAGUCCCUAGCCUUAUCUUAUAGUUAGGAUAGCCUUAUGCCUAUCCCACACAUGCUUAAACUCCUUUACUGUGUUAACCUCUACCACUUCAGCUGGAAGGCUAUUCCAUGCAUCCACUACCCUUUCAGUAAAGUAAUACUUCCUGAUAUUAUUUUUAAACCUUUGUCCCUCUAAUUUAAGACUAUGUCCUCUUGUUGUGGUAGUUUUUCUUCUUUUAAAUAUAGUCUCCUCCUUUACUGUGUUGAUUCCCUUUAUAUAUUUAAAUGUUUCUAUCAUAUCCCCCCUGUCUCGUCUUUCCUCCAAGCUAUACAUGUUAAGAUCCUUUAACCUUUCCUGGUAAGUUUUAUCCCGCAAUCCAUGAACCAGUUUAGUAGCCCUUCUCUGAACCCUCUCUAAGGUAUCAAUAUCCUUCUGAAGAUACGGUCUCCAGUACUGUGUACAAUACUCCAAGUGAGAUCUCACCAGUGUUCUGUACAAUGGCAUGAGCACUUCCCUCUUUCUACUGCUAAUACCUCUCCCUAUACAACCAAGCAUUCUGCUAACAUUUCCUGCUGCUCUAUUACAUUGUCUGCCUACCUUUAAGUCAUCAGAAAUAAUCACCCCUAAAUCCCUUUCCUCAUAUGUUGAGGUUAGGACUCUAUCAAAUAUUCUGUACUCUGCCCUUGGGUUUUUACGUCCAAGAUGCAUUAUCUUGCACUUAUCCACAUUAAAUGUCAGUUGCCACAAUUCUGACCAUUUUUCUAGUUUACCUAAAUCAUUUGCCAUUUGGCUUAUCCCUCCUGGAACAUCAACCCUGUUACAUAUCUUAGUAUCAUCAGCAAAAGACAUACCUUACCAUCAAGACCUUCUGCAAUAUCACUAAUAAAAAUAUUAAAGAGAAUGGGUCCAAGUACAGAUCCCUGAGGUACCCCACUGGUGACAAGUCCAAGCUUCGAAUAUAUUCCAUUAACUACAACCCUCUGUUGCCUGUUACUCAGCCACUGCCUUACCCAUUCAACAAUAUUUUAAUCCAAACUUAAAGAUUGCAGUUUAUUGAUAAGCCUUCUAAGUGCAACAGUGUCAAAAGCCUUACUGAAAUCUAGGUAACCAAUGUCUACUGCACCACCCUUGAAAUCCAUGUGUUUUUAGAUGUUCAUCAAUCCUAUCCUUUAACAUGGUUUCCAUCACUUUCCCCACUACUGAAGUAAGGCUUACUGGCCUAUAGUUGCCCGACUCCUCCCUAUUACCUUUCUUGUAAAUGGGCACAACAUUCGCUAACUUCCAAUCUUCUGGGACUACUCCUGUUAACAAUGAUUGGUUAAAUAAAUCUGUUAAUGGUUUUGCUAGUACACCACUAAGCUCUUUUAAUAGCUUUGGGUGUAUGCCAUCAGGUCCCAUUGACUUAUUUGUCUUUACUUUUGACAGUUGAAAUAGAACCUCUUCCUCUGUAAACUCACGUGUAAUAAAUGACUCAUUUAUCCUUUUUCUCAACUGAGGUCCCUUUCCUUCAUUUUCAUCUGUAAAUACAGAACAAAAAUAUUCAUUGAGGCAGUCAGCUAGACCUUUAUCCUCUUCUACAUACCUUCCUUCUUUUGUUUUUAAUCUAACUAAUCCUUGUUUUACUUUUCUUUUCUCAUUUAUGUAUCUAAAAAAUGUUUUAUCCCCCUUUUUUACUGACUGUGCUAUUUUUCUCUUCUGUGUGUGAUUUGGAAGCUCUUAUAACUUGCUUAGCCUCUUUCUGCCUAAUCUUAUAGAUCAUUUUGUCUUCCUCACUCUGGGUUUUUUUUAUAAUUCCUAAAUGCUAACUUUUUGUUUUUAACUAUUUUGGCCACAUCUGCGGAGUACCACAGUGGUUUCUUGAAUUUUUUGCUUUUACUGACAAGCCUAAUGCAAUUUUCUGUUGCCUUCAAUAGUGCAACUUUUAAAUAAUCCCAUUUCUCUUGGACUCCAUUUAAAUUGCUCCAGUCUGAUAAUGACUCCUCUACCCAUAUUCUAAUUUUAGAAAAGUCUGUUUUUCUAAAGUCUAAAACUUUUGUUUUUGUGUGGUGUGACUCAGUCACUGUUCUUAUAUUAAACCACACUGACUGAUGAUCACUGGAUCCUAAACUUUCACCUACAGUAACAUCUGAUACCAAAUCUCCAUUUGUUAACACUAAAUCUAGUAUGGCCUCUUUACGAGUUGGCUCCUCAACAACUUGUUUUAGAGACAAUCCCAGUAGGGAGUUUAGAAUAUGUGUGCUCCUGGCACAAGUAGCUAAUUUUGUUUUCUAAUUUACAUCAGGAAGAUUAAAGUCACCCAUGAUGAUAACUUCCCCCUUCAUUGUCAUUUUAGCUAUUUCCUCAACUAGUAGAUUAUCUAACUCUUCAAUUUGUCCUAGGGGCCUAUAAAUCACACCUACACGAGUUACUGUGUGAUUACCAAAUUCUAACGUAGCCCAAACGGACUCUAUGUUUGCCUCACUAACUUUUAUUAGGCUAGAUUUUAUGCUAUCCUUCACAUACAAGGCCAAAGACUGGGUCGGUAUGGACCCCAUGGGGUCUCCCCCGUCAUCCUCCGAUGAUCCAUCAGUGAAAUAUGAGCAGCCGCCGUGCAGGGACGCCAUCUUGGCUCCUGCAGCAUCGUGCGCCUGCCUCCAUAAUUCUCCGAUAUCCAUGCCCUGGCGGGGCUUGUCAGGUCUCGCUUUUUUAGUUUUUCUGCCCAUCGUGCCUGUGGGGUCUCGGGAUCGUCCCGGGAGAACUUUGGAGUGGGUUGGAGUGCCGGUAAUAAGGUUUAUUUUGCUUGUCGGUCUGGAGCUCCACGGCCAUGCGACCGUUCGCUUCAGACGCUCUGUACAGUCCGGGUGGAGCCCUUUUAUGUGCAUAUUCUGACAUUAUUUAAAUGGCAUUGAGCUGGAAUCUCCGAGUAACACUUAGACCAAUGGGACUAUCUCCAUCAAACGCACAUACGUCAGCAGCUACCGUAUGUGAAUUGUUAAUGAAGUUACAUUCUGCUCCACUUACAGAACGAUUACUUCAUGGCACUUUUAUUGCUCUGCUGAGAUGUAACCAUAAAAUGAACGACCUGUGCACUAGUUCAUGUGAUUUUUAAUACAGUGCUGACUUUAUCUCAGAUUGAAAAUCAGUUGAUAUUAUGAGUUUAAUUACAAAAAAAAAAAAAUCACAUUAGGUUUCUGACGCUCGUGUUUCAGUUCCAUACAGUGCUAGAUCUACUUUUUGAUAGGCAGUGUGUUCUCCAUUAAAAAGUGGGUUGUUGGAGAGUUUAGUUGUGAUUUUGGUAUUUUUUAAGAGGUGGAAUUAUUCAGUGAACGGGUUACAUAUUGCCUUGAUUAACCUUCCCUUUUUCUUUUAGACUUUGUCCAUUGAUUUCAUCUCUUCCCUCCCCCUGCAUGUCCUUUUUUUUUCCGGCUACACUAAAAGCAUAUUGUUGGUCAUGCAUAUUUUAUAAUGUCGAAGUAAGGCCAUCGCAGGUGGGAGGUGACCUAGUUAUGGACUUGCGAUGGUGCCAAGGGCGCAGUAUUUUUUUGCUGCAAGAGCUAAGCUUUUCUGCACUGGAGAAAUGAUCAGCUGUAAAAACUGCAAAAUAUGGCAGUUCUGUCACAUGAAGGGCACACAUUGCAUUUGUAACUGUGAAUUCUUGUAUCUAUUUUAACCACUUUGGUCUUCAUGUUGAUAAAGUAAAAUAUGGAAAUUUAGCAGGUCAGCCCAACAGAUCAUGCUCGUGCAUAUAGUAGCCAAAGGGAGGGUUUGAACCUUUUGACUUGUGGGACAAAUAUGAAAGAAUCUAAAUGUUUUGAGUGCUAACCUCAGAUCUCUGUGUGAAAGGCUCUAUUCAGGGUUAUGCAUGCAGUAUACAAGUUGAGAGAUUCUGUUUCCCAAAACUCCACUGCCAAAGACGGUGACUGGAACAUGUGAUAAGUGUUUUGAGCACUGUCUCAUCUCAAUCCAGCUAGCACUUGCUUAUGUGGACACAGUACAUACUCAUCAUAGUCUGGCAGUGUGCUCAGCCCCAGAUACUGCAGUCUCCCCUGCAAUAUUCCAAAGAGGCAAACUGGGCCAAGAGGGAGUGAGAUUAAAGUCCGCCAGUGGAAGUACAAAUCCACAUAGUGCUAGGUUGGCAAUGUCCUUGCAGAAUUCCUACCUACUCCCUCACUUCUGUGGUGCUGCUGUGAGGCGGUGGCCCCCAACUCUUUCCAGUGGAGGAAUUACCACCUGUGCAGUCUGUGUGACUGCACUGGGGUCCGCAAGCUAAGGGGGCCUAUUGAGUAGCUCAUACAUUUAGAGCCACGCGAUGACUAUCUUUGAUCUGGGUCCCGGUAAGAUGUUGCUGCCCUUUAACAGCGCGACCAGGCGCCCUGUCCCUGUGCUGGGAGGAAGUGAGUACACACUACUUCCUCUGAGUUAUUUUCUCCAAGAACAAAUCACUUUCCCAAGUACAAUUUACUUCCUCCCAGUUUACCAACAAGCUACAUUGGGAUAGGGAAAGGGAGGACAAUAGACCAGACUUCCACUAGUCAAAUGCCAAUGGACUCGAGGGAAGCCACCCUCCAGCACCAAAAAUAUAUGGGAGCAGGGGGUGGCUAAAAACAUGUAUUUGUGUGUGUUAUCUGUGUGUGGGUGUAUGUUAUAUGUGUCAAACAGGAGGGAUAAAGGUUGCGCCAGAAAUUAUAAAAACAGAUGUUUUAUAACAUAUAUAUAAAAAUUAAAAAUAAAUAUAUAAAAAAGCCUAAUAUAUGUAUAGGAGGACAAACAAAAAAAAGCAAGAAAUUUCAAAUAUAAGUCCAAGUGUGAAUCUAAAUGGUAAAACUUGCUGGAAGAUAAAACCUCAAAGAGUCGGGGUAGUUCCUCUGGAAUGGGGUCAGAUCAGAGUAUUCUUGGCAGCCAUAUAUGCACAGAAAGAGAGAACUACACCCUUAUUAUGCAAAUUCUAUUUAAGUGUCACAAAGAUGAACUAUUUUGUUUUUCAGUUUAACUCAUGUAUGGCAUUGUGUCCCAGGGCUCUUUUGAUCACUGAAAACAAUCUCGGACACCUGUGAUAAUUAGAUUGCCAGGUGAGCCCAAUUUAAGGAAAAACUACUAAAGGAGGGUGUUCCACAUUAUUAAGCAGAGCACCAUUUUCAUGCAAUAUGGGGAAGAAAAAGGAUCUCUCCACAGCCGAAAAGAGUGAAAUAGUUCAAUGCCUUGGACGAGGUAUGAAAACAUUAGAUAUUUCACGAAAAAUUUAAGCAUGAUCAUCGCACUAUUAAGAGAUUUGUGGCUGAUUCAGAGCACAGACAGGCACGAAGACUAAUUUUCAAACAGUCCAGUUCACUGAUGAGUGCCGUGCAACCCUGGAUUGUCCAGAUGGAUGGAGUAGUGGAUGGUUGGUGGAUGGCCACCCUGUUCCAACAAGGCUGCGAUGUCAACAAGGCAGUGGUGGAGUCAUGUUUUGGGCCGGAAUCAUGGGAAGAGAGCUGGUCAUCCCCUUUAGGGUCCCCGAAGGUGUAAAGAUGACCUCUGCAAAGUAUGUGGAGUUUCUGACUGACCACUUUCUUCCCUGGUACAGAAGGAAGAACUAUGCUUUCCAUAAUAAAAUCAUCUUCAUGCAUGACAAUGCACCAUCUAAUGCUGCAAAGAAUACCUCUGCAUCAAUGGCUGCUAUGGGGAUAAAAGGAAAGAAAGUCAUGGUGUGGCCUCCAUCCUCCCCUGACCUCAAUCCUAUUGAGUACCUUUGGAGCAUCCUCAAGCAAAAGAUCUAUGAGGGUGGGAGGCAGUUUACAUCCAAACAGCAGCUCUGGGAGGCUAUUCUGACAUCUUGCAAACAAAUUCAUGCAGAAACUGUCCAAAAACUCACAAGUUCAAUGAAUGCAAGACUUGUGAAGCUGCUAUCAAAUAAGGGGUCCUAUGUUAAAAUAUAACAUGACCUUUUAAAAUGUUGUUAUACGUUUGACUGAAAUAGCUUUUGAUUUCAGUAAAUAUGCUGCAAACACAACAAAUGACAAUUUUCAGUUCUUUACAACCUAUAGAGUGUUUUGAAACUUACUGUGCGUAAUAAUUUGGAACAGUGCAUUGUAAGAUUUUUAUGUUUAAAAAAAAUACUGUUAUCAUUAGGAGGUUUGUUCAAUAAAAUUUGAAUUGUACUCUUAAUAGUUGAUAACAUGAGAAUUAUGCUGACUGUUAUUUACAUCAAUUAUUUAGGUAAAUGAGGUAGAGGAUUACAGGGCAAAAUUAGAUCCAUUUUAUUCAAGAUAUAUAACUUUUAUCAUUUGCCCAAUAACUGUGACAUUUCAGAUAUUCUGGAAAUUAAGAGAACUUCUCAGCUAGGAUCUGAAUUUGUGUAUGUAAAAGCCUUUAUAGCUUUAUGCAAUACUAUUAUACCAUUUUAUGUCAAUUAAUAUUCCUUGAUUACUUUUGUUAGCAAUUUUUAGAAUAAGUCACUUGACUGCCACUAACAACAUGCUCCUUUAUAAUAAGCAUUUUAUAGCAAACAAAAAUAUAAUUAUGAAAACAAGUUUUCUUCUCUAGGCACAGGAAAAGAGUUACAGGUACACUAUAGUCACCAAAACAACAUUAGCUUAAUGAAGAAGUUUUUGUGUAUAGAACAUGCCCUUGGACGUUCACUGCUCAAUUUUCUGCCAUUUAGGAGUUAAAUCACUUUUGUUUCCGUUUCUGCAGACCUAGCCACAUUUUCCCUGGCUGUGACUGACACACUCUGCAUGAAAACAAAAUGGUUUCAUUUUCAAUCAUAUGUAACUUACUUUAAAAGUUUUUAUCUCCUGCUCUGUAACUUGAACUUUUAUUACAUACAGGAGGUCUACCAAGCUAUUAACAGACCAGGAGAUAACAAAUUCUGAAUUAAACAGAAUUUACAAUAAAAUAAGUGUAAACAUUAGAUGACUCUUUGCAGGAAGUGUUUAGCAAGGCUGUAUAAGUCACAUGCAGGGAGGUGUGACUGGGUUGCAUAAACAAAGUUAUUUGACUCCUAAAUGACAGAGAAUUGAGUAGUGAGACUGCAGGAGCAUAAUUUAUACACCAAAACCACACUAAAGCUAAAGUUAUUUUGGUUACUAUCGUGUCAUUUAACAUAAGCCAAACAUUGCCCUGGAAAAUCAGCAUAUCCUCAUAGAGAUGCAUUAAAUUGUGCAGCACUGCCCCAGGAAGCUCCUCUAGCAGCCAUCUGAGAAGUGGCCACUGGAAGUGUCCCUAGGGAGUAAACACUCCCUCUGAAAAGACAGUGUUUGCUGCAAAAAGCCUGAAGAGACUGACUAUGCUCACCAGAACAACUACAUUACGCCCUUUAACAAUUUAUCAUGUUUUUGGUGGUCCUAUUGAAGAACAGAAAAAUAUAAUACAUUUUGAACUUGCUUUUUUUUAGGUUUAUAUGUUAUACUUUGCCAUAUUAGAAUGUAUAUAUUGAUAUAAGUAUAAAAGAAACAUGUUUGGAAAAUUAUAUUUGAGUGUUUAGUUCAUAUUUAAAGGUUUAUUUUUUUUCCAUUAGUUAUUUUGGAGAGCUUCUGUUAUUUAUUUUAAAAAUACAAUUAUUCUCAAAACCAACUUGUUCCAUGAGUGAUAGGGACAUACAUACAAGUAAAAGAUAAAAGUUGAAACUACAUUUUGUUGUAUGAUUAGUACCUUUCCCUUACAGGAAUAACAGCAUCAGAUAAAGAACAGACAUCUGUUUUCAGAUCCUGCCUCUUUUUUUUUCUGUACUGCUGUUUUCAGCGUAAUCCCCAUCUUGGUUGCAAGGACGGUUGUGAAGUUAGUGUAACUUAAUGGAAUUGUCAAUAACGUCCCAGUAUACAAAGCUGCAAGGUCAGUAGAGAAGAACGACAAAGAUAGGGUUUGACUUCUCUAGGGAUUAGCUGAGAAGACAACAAAAAUAGUGAAUGACCCGCCUGGGGCUUCAAGCUGCAGCAUUAGAAGAUGAGAAGGGAAAGAUGGGAUUUGACCUCUCUGGGACUCCAAGUAGAAGGAUGAGGAGGAAAGAUAAAUCUAUGAAAUUGAGAGGAACCCCCCCACCCCCCCAGAAGACCAAAGAUACUGGAUUAAGAGGGAGAAAAACAGAGUGAAGAAGGAACCACUCCAAAGCUCUGUAAAUCCGAAAAAGGAGAGAAGAAAGCUGCAGACUGGGAGAGAACUCCUUAAGAACACAUAUAAAUAGGUAGAAGAACAAAGCCAGGAUGGGGAGAAAUUCAUAGAAUGUCUAAGAAGUACGAUUAGGAGAGAAUAAAAACAGUGUUACGUGGAAAUGGGGAGGCUAAAGUGGCUAGGUGAAUCGCACAAACACAACAAUUAAAACAAAAAAUGUUCUCUCAGAUUUUUAGUGACAGACCUUAAAAGCAAAAAAAAAACCCUAAAAAAAACCUAAUAAAAAAUUCUCAUUAUUGCUUGUUGUGUUGCAUUACACCUGACAUCAUGGUUUGGCAUCACUUAUCAUGGUUAGAUAGGAUUUUCUAUUGACAAACAUUUGCAGAUAACUCAACAGUGGAGAUUUAUAAAAGUGUUACAAAAAAGAAAAACGGGGCAAGGUUUUAAGUACAGCAAUCAGUGUGGAGUCCAUGGAAUGGGCCUGCUGGGUGCAUUGGAUUCCAUGGGAAUAUUCAAACAUAAUCAACAGUUACUUUAAAUAAUAAAUAAUGUGUCGUAAUGAAAAGGGGUUCAGUAUUCUUUGUUAUUGCUGAUGUAACACGUGUGGGCAAAAUAUUCUAUCUGAAGACAUAAUCUUAAUGUGUAAGUUAGCUUAAAAAAUUUCAUGUAGUUGGUUCAAAUUAAGCCCGAUUAGACGUAAUGCCGACUGUAAUAUCAUAAUGGCUCAUUACGUCCUUGUGCAGCUUUAUCUACAUUCUGAUUUAACUUGAUUCAAGCUUUCAGAGAGCUUGUAAAUGAAGAAAUAGAUUAUUACUUGCUUUCAGUGAGACCCUGGUAAUGGUUUGUAAGACAUGAAAAGCAUUAAAGAGAUAUCAUUAAUAUCAAUGAAAAAGAACAUUGAAUGAUAUCUAAUUUAUUAUAGUUAGCAGGGCUGAAUUUUCAUAUGUACAGUGAGCUUGUCACUUGGUCCUAUAAAGAAAAACAAAAUAUUGGAUUUUAGAGCUGAUGAUGCAUUGUUUACUGUUUAAAAAUCAAUCCUUAAUCUUUAAAAAUGUUUAUACCUUGAGGGAUUUAAGUAUUUAAUGCAUAAUGUAUUGUUUGAAAAUGAAAACGGACAUUAAAGGGAAAUUGUCACUUGUCUGGAAUUUACCUCAUUGAAUAAAAUUUGUGAAAUCAUGUUUUCUUUUAGAUUUAUACUAAUAAUUUAGCGAAUUUAAAUGAGCAAUUUACAUCAUAAUCUAGUUAAAGGAUCACUAUAGGGUCAGGAACACAAACAUGUAUUCCUGACCCUAUAGUGUUUAACCCACCAUUUAGGUGGCUUACUCCCCCCUCACCCCAUAUAAAAGUUUAAAACUCACCUUAUUUCAGGCGCUGGCUCCGCCCCCUUUGUGGCAUCAUCAAAAUGGCCGAUUUUUAGCCAACCCAAUGCUUUCCCAUAGGGAACCUAUGGAUUGGCAGAGAUCAUCAAGCUUGAUGAUCUCAGCCAUAGAGGUGGGGCCAGCUGCAGAGGACCGAACUGCGUGGGAAAAAAGGUGAGUAAAAACACUAUUCCCAUGGGAUCGGAGAGGGGCUGGCCACCUAAACAUGCACAGACAGACACUCAAAAAUUAUAUGUUUUUUUUUAAACUUUAAUCCACCCAGCCCCCCUACUUUUGGGAGACCUGGUGUGGAUUUCCCCGGGGUCCAGUGGGUGGGCAGGUGGGAGAGAGUGGAGGCGGGCAGCCAGCUGCACGUACUGCAGGCAGGUGGCUAGGGAGCUGGGAUCUCCUUUUUCUGCUUCCUAGACUUCACUCCAGCCCCGGGAUCACUCCAGCCGCAUGCGAGGGAGCAGCGCAGUCUUCAGUAAACGCAGCCGGCCAUACACCCGCCUCAGAGGGAAUGUGCUCCCAAAUUCCAGGCGCCAGGACAAAAUUCUUGAUCGCCAUGGUGAGCUGGCGCCUGGGUUUUGUGGAGCCCUGCAUUACAUAGUUAACUUACUUUUAGAAUUCUACAUUUCCUAUUUAACUUAAUGUCAUUUAUUAAUCUUGUGUAGACGGUUAUAUUGGAUGUUGUGCAGAAGAAAUUAUUACUGGAAUGUAAAUGUGCAUUGAUUGCAGAUCAAAUAUUUCAUCAUCUAGCGAAUAACCCAUGCUUUGGCAGGAAUAGUUCUCUUUAAAUAGAACGUGUUAUUGAUGGGCACCCAAAGCCUGUUGCUUUAACAGGGCCUGAAUAUAGCCCUGUACAUAUGAGUGUAUCCACUCUGCAUGAUUGCUCUACGUUUUCUUUUUUUGUUUCUUUUUGUAUGUCAACAAAAUACCUAUUCAGUGUUGUGCUUAUAUUGUAAUACACAGAUUUUUGUUUCAUUUCAUUUAUUUGUAAAAAUAAAUAAAUAAAUAAAUUAUACUGCCAUAGUAUUCAUGUAUAUAAAGAAUUGCUGUAGUGAGGUAGAAAUUUUAGAGUGACCCUCGAUUUUAUCAAAUUAUUAUCAUAACACAAGUAAAAGGAAUUUCUCUUAGUUUACAGUAAACAUUGUAUCCAUUUGCCAUUGGGGCACAAUUAUUACUGACACGUUAACCCUGGACCAGUUUAGAUGAUCAAAUAUAAUUUAUGUAAAAGGAAUUGGUGUGAAGCAUAUAGAGCAAAGAGGCAUAAAAUUCUCUAACAUAGGUAAUUUUGUAAACAUUUAAAGAGGAGACCUGGUAGUUUUAGCUAGUGACACAUUAUUAUUAUCAUUAUUCAUAUUAUUAUUUUUAUAAAGCACCAAGAAAUUCCACUAUAGAGGUAAAUGUAUUUUGUAUCAAUUAUUUGUCAGAUGUACAUCCAAAACACAAACACACACAGUGUGAGGUUGCAUUGUGCAUUUUCCAGUACAGCAAUGACUAGCAAACAUUUGCUUUAUGCACAGAAUCCUUUGGGAAUAUCUAGGCUUCCAUAGCAACCCACGGUUUCUGGUACAAAGUAAUUGACUAUGAGAACUGUGUGUAUGUGAUGGAAAUAAGAAAUUAUUAUAGAAAGUAUUUAAUCACAACCAAAUAUAGCAGGGAAAGGGAUAAUGGGUAUGGCGGCCUAAAAAUUGUUAAUCUGUAGGGAAGUGUGAUGCAAACACUUUAAGAUCUUUUCAUACAUAACAAGAGGAAGUUAUGAUUUAUGUAAUGUUAAGCAAUUGGAUUCCUCUGGCCAUUAAAGCUAUAGAGCACGCAUUCAUAAUUUGAUUACUUUGUAUAGGGAUUGCAGAGGGUACAGAUGUGUGCAAUCACCAAGUCCCCAUGGACCAGUUCACCCUCUGAUAUAACAACCACACCAAACAUAUUGUACUGUACAGGGAAAGUGUAAAAUGUAUCAGUAAAAAACUCCUAAGUAAUCAUGAAUAUAUUCUACUGGAGCAUAUUAACGGGCUCUACAGAAUGUCAGAGGAAGUUACUCUGCUAAAUGUGUGGUGUGAAUUUAAUAUAUAGCUAAAUAGUAAUACAGGUUAAAAGACUCAAAUCCAGGAAGUUCAAUCAUUCACAAAUCUGUUGAAAAGAAGGAGAGAAAAUGUUCAAUGUGUCAUAUCAUUCCUAGUCUCCGGGAGGAGGGAGCAGCGAAUGUAAUCUACCAUUUCACUGUCCGCAUUACAUUCGCAUUCCAAGGACUGAUAAUCAUUGCUAUAGAACUGUUAAAUACAUUUAUUUUAGAAAUAUAUGAUUUCAAUAUAUUUUCUGUAUGUGGAUAUAAUGCCCAAAUGUAGACAUUCUUUUUAGAUUCUGUUGCCAUUUUCAGUAAGCUGCACUACUAGUAAUGCCUUCAGGGUCCUUAUAAAUACUUAUAAGCAAGUUUUUUUGGCCAUUUUUAUUUAUCUAUUAAGUCACACCUACUGUAUGUGAGAAAAACAUUUUUUUAUAUAUAUAUUAUACUAACAUUUCAGAUCCUAUGUGAAAUAUUGCAAGAUAAAGUUCACUGUAUACUGUCUAAAGCUUGUGAUUUCAAAAAUUUUUGUUACAAAGGCUGAAUAAAUAAGUGAAAAAUUUAAAUGGUGUAAAUUUACAUAAUUAAAAUGAUUAUGUUUGUCUGCAAAUUAAUCUAUACACAAAAUGUCUAAUGUGUUAUCUUUGCUAAGAUUUUUUCAAACAAAAAGUGCUUGGUAGUGAAGGGGUUAAAAUCAAUUCCCACAAACUGUAUCACACAUAGGUCUUACCAUUGUUUCUUAAAAAGGCAAAAUUAUAUUUUAAUACUGUUAAUAUCCCUUUUUAUGCAUGACAGUAUGACUGAUUGUUGCAUAAUCAGCUAGCUAUAAUUAUUUCUAUAUCAUUCUUAUUUACUAUUAUUCCUAACUUAAAGGGAUACUCUAAGCACCACAUCAACUUUAGCUUAAUGAAGCAGUUUUGGUGUAUAUAACAUGCCCCAGUCAGGGCCGGUGCAAGGAUUUUUGGGUGAAGAUGCAUUUUUCCGCCGCCCCCCCCCCCAAAAAAAAGAAAUAACAUCUUCACGUGUGCCUCUUAACCUCCCUUUUGUGUUUCUUAUCACCUCUUUUAAAUGUCUUACCCCCUUUAGUGUAUCUUAUCUCCUAUUUUUUCCCCAUUUUGUGUCUUACAACUCCCUUGUGUAUCUCUUACAACUCCCCUUGUGUGCAUCUUAUCCCCCCUCUUUGUAUCACUCUUACAUCCUUCCACAUUUUGUGUGUCUUACUCCUCCCAGCCCAUUUGUGUGACUCCUCUUCCAGCCCCUUUGUGUCUUUUGCUCUUCCCAGCUCCUUUGUGUGUGUCUCUUUCACCCCAGCCCAUCUGUCUCUUCCCCCCAGCCCCUCUGUGUGUCUCUUUUUCCCCUACUCAAGCCCCACUGUGUGUUUCUUUCACAUCCAGCUCCUCUCCCCUCCCCGUCCCUUAGUGGUCCCCUCCCUUCCAUAUCCCUUAGUGUUUCUCUCCCCUCCCCUCCCCUCCCUGUCCCUUGGUGCACCCUCCACCCCCUUAGUGUUCCCUGCCCCUUCCUGGUUUGCCUCCUACCUCUCUUGUAGCAUGGCCGAGCGGAGCGGAUCCCCGUACAGGAGCUUCAGUUUUCUGUACCCGGUCGGACAGACAGGAAGUACUCUCUCAGUGAGCACCUCCUGUCAGUCCAGCCAGGUACAGGAAACAGAAGCUCUUGAACCACGCUCCGCCACGCUACACUCAGUGGUUUAUACAUACAGAAAGUCACACACACUCAAUGACAAAACACACAGACGUCACUGACAGACACAGACUCCCUGAUUUGUUACACACUGGCAGAUACGCACUGACACUCACACACACUCAAUGACAAACACACAGACAUCACUGACAGACACAGAUUCACUGAUAUGACACACUCAUUAAUUGACAGACACACACACGCACACUGACCAACACACUGACAGACACUCAUUGACAGAUACACUGAUAGUCACACACAGACUCAAUGACAAACAUACUCUCACUGAUUUGACAGACACUCACAAACACACACUGACAGACACUCAUACACUCACAUGCACACUCAUACACUCACAUGCACACACAUGCACACACAUGCACUCACAUGCACUCACAUGCACACACAUGCACACACAUGCACACACAUGCACUCACAUGCACUCACAUGCACACACAUGCACACACAUGCACACACAUACACUCACAUGCACACACACUCAUACACUCACUCACAGACACACACAUACACUCAGUCACUGACACACACGCACAUACACUCACUAAUUAUUAUUUUUAUAAUUAACAAUUUUUCACCCAGCCUCCCUACAGGGAAAGCUGACGUGGAUCUGUCGCUGGGCUCCAGUGGGGCUGCUGCGAGGCGUGCGGCUAUGGUAGAAUCAGAGGCUGCUAUGCAGCUGUAAUCUUCCUGCUCUGCUCCCUCGUGGGCUGUCUACUGAUGCCGGGAGCCAGAAUAUGACGUCAUAUUCCGGCUCCUGUGGCAUCAGCAAAUGGCGUACAAGGGAGCAGAGCAAGGAAAUCAGAUCUCCCUCACAGAGUCUGAAUCUACCACAGCCGCACGCCGGGAGAUCCAUAACACGGCCUGCUAGGAGGGAUAGCUUCCCUCCUGCCGGUCACUGGAAUCUUGCGCCCCCAGAGCCGGUGUGCCAUAAGGCUUGUGCCCCCUUAUGGACGCGCCAGCCCUGCCUGCAGUCUCACUGCUCAAUUAUAUGUUAAAUCAAUUUGUUUAUGCAGCACUCAACAAGCCUCUCCUAAUUAUGACUCACACAGCCUUCCUAUGCACUUCCAGUAAAGCAAGAUCUAAUGUUUAAACUUCCUUUAUUGCACAGUCUGUUUUAUCUAGAAUUUCUUAUCUCCUGCUCUGGUAACCUGCAGGAGCCUCCUGUGUGUGACAAAAGUUCAAUUAACAGAUCAGGAGAUUGCAAAAUCUAAUGUGAACACACUGUUCUGUAAGAUCUAAUUGAAAAUUAACCUUUUUUUUUUUUUACAUUGAAUGUAUCACAGCUAUGGGUGGUGUGGCUAUGGUUGCAAAAAUGGAAACAAAAGUGAAUUAACUUCUGAAUGGCAGAGAACUCAUUAGUGAGACUGCCGGUGCAUGAUCAAUACUGCAAAAUGCUGUGAAUAAGCUACAAUUGUUUUGGUGCUUCAACUAUCCCUUUAAGAUUUAAAGGUACACUCCAAAAAAAAACAAUUUUUUUUUCUUUUACUACUUAGUUGAUAAACGCACAAUGAAAAAAUGCAUGCAUUUAAAUAUACAUUUUGUCACAGCUUGGAAAACUGCAGAUCUAUUGUCUGCAGCCUGUGCAAGCCCUCAAUUCCUACUAAUGCAGUUCUAUAAGAAUGCCUAAAUAUUAUCACUUAGUAACCCUUCAAAUAAUUUCCCCACCAGAGAAGUUCCCCCUCAGAGGUCUGUAAUUUCUAGACUGAGAUUUUGAUGCCUUUUAAAAAUUUUUUUUUAAAAAUCAUUAUUUCUGCAGAACUGAAGACUUUUUCCAACUUUAUUAUUUUAGUGUAAAUUUGUCAUGAGCUCAGAAUCAGCUUGCAAAUUAAACAGUAAAAUCAGUUGGACAAACUCUACAGUUUCUUCUAGUGGGACAGUCCAGGGCAAUUAAGGGAAAAUACCCCAAUAUGCUGUUCUUUAAAUCCUACGAUGCUCACAAUGCCAGCAGUUUGGAAUUGGAGUUCAACAACAGUCCAAGUGAGACUUGUUGCCUAGAGUUGAUCUAAACUGAACUGGCAAUCUCUUAAAAAAAUUCAGUUUUUCUACAUGACAAGUGCGGCAUUACCUAAAAUCCGUUUUGUUCUUUUUUUUACAGGAAUUCGUUCAUGGGACACAGAUCUGAUUCAAUGCAACUUAGAUCAAGAGCUGAAGCUCUUUGUAUCACGUCACUCUGCCAGAUUCUCUCCCGAAGUCAGAGGUGAGCUUGUGUAAAGUUAUCGAGAUUAAAUGCAAACCUGCUGCUAUCUAUUUGGUUUCUUCUCUUUAGUAGCAGAACUGGAACUGGAGAGGCUUUUAAAGGGACAGUCUAGGCAACAUGGUCACACUAUAGCUCAGUGUGGUGGUUAUGUCAUGUAGGCUCUGCAUGGAAAUGCUUAAUGUUCCCCAUAGAUUGAUUCAAUGCAUCUCAAUGAUCAUCAAGAUUGUCAAGAUUGAUUGAAAUUAUUUUUGGCUUCAAAUUAUAUAUUUAUUGAAUAAAUCUGUCUGUUUAGUGAAAUGUGCCGUUAUUGCCAAGAAUUCAGAGUGAAUUUAGAAUGAAUUUCCCAUUUUAAGCCAAAGGAGUUGAAGUGAAAAUAGUCUGACUUUUAAAAUUUUACCUAUUCAUGUUGGUAAUUGAAAAAUGGAGUAUAUUACUUUACAUUAUUCUUUUUUACAUUUAUGAUAAAAUCAAGCAGAUUAUAGUGCUGCCCACAUGUGUUCUACAACCUUCUUUACAAUGAUUAAAGUCUUUUAAACAAUGAGGUCUAAUCAUAAUUAGUUGAGUUGUGAUGACUUGGAAACUGAUGGGCUAUUGUCCAGCAUGAAUAAGGAACUUUCUGCUGGGCAAGAAGGAGAAAGAUCAACAUUUAGCUGCAAUUUCUGCAGUUAAUGCAAUUUAUGUAUUUAGCAGUAAGGUUUGGAUUUUUAAAAAAGUAUAAUAGAUGCAUAUUUUUAUUAUUAAAUACUUUGUUCAAAUUAAUAAAAAAAAAUUAAAAAAAAGAGCUAUGGAUUAUUUUUGUAGCAUUGAUUUCUGUUUAAAGUUCAAUGCAGUCAGACCAAGAGAAUUAUUUAUUCAGGAUACCCAUGGCCAGUUACUGAAUUGACAAGCCUAACGUAAUAAGCAGAACUGUGCAGAUCAGCAAAAUUCAAAGGCAACAUUUUCUGUAUCUUUGAGUCGAGUAAGAGGACUCACACUGCAUAAAAAGGUAAAAUUAUAAUCAGGGCCGGUGCAAGGAUUUUUGCCGCCCUAUGCAAACAAAAGUUUGCCGCCUACCCCCCCAUCACAAUCCCCCAUCCAUAUGAUCUGCCAUAUGAGCCAACACCAGUGCUGCACACAGUGUCUUUUCUCUGAAAAGGCAGUGUGUUUACAUUAAAAAGCCUGCAGGGACAGGCUACAUCUAGCUGUAGAUGGUUCUGGUGACUAUAGUGUCCCUUUAAUGUGAGGUAAAUUAGGGAUUACUGCCACUAAUAUUAUACUGGAUUGCCUACUUACCACCAGAUGAGGACAAGAGGAUGAUGACGGGGUCAGGCUGCAGUCUGACUCCACUGGUCACAAAAACCACGAACAGAAAGCAGCUCAAUUUUUUGGGGCACCUUACACAGAUCGUGGUUUGGGCCCCCGGGUAUGCAUCAAAGGCCAUGAGUAUGCAUCAAAGGCCAUGAAUUCGCUCAAAGGGAAUGGAGUGUUUGUGUGUAGGGGAUGUGUUAUGUGUUAUUGUAGAGGAUGUAAUGUGUGUGUGUUCUUGUGGAAUGGAAUGUAUAGGGAUACCAGUUUGUGUAAGGGAUGUAGUGGGUGUGUACAGGGCAUGCAGUGUGUGUUUGUGUGUAAGAAAUGCAUUGUGUGUGUGUGUGUGUGUGUAAGGGAUGCAUUGUUUGUGUGUAAGGGAUGCAUUGUGUAAUUGUAAUGGAUGCAUUGUUUCUGUGUGUGUAAGUAAAGCAUAGUGUGUUUCUGUGUAAAUGUAUGAUGCAUUGUAUGUUUCAGUGUGUCUGUGUGUGAGUAGUGAUGCAUUCUGUGCAUGUGUGUUUCUGUGUAUGUGUAAGGAUGCAUUGUCUAUGUGUGUAGUGUGAAAGAGUGUUUGUGGGGUAGGAUAGGGGCUGAGAGGGAGCAGCUAUUUAUUUUUAUUAUAUUUAUUUUGUUACUAUAAUUUUUUAAAUAUAUUUUUUCUUUAAGUUUUGUGUCUUACACUCCCCUUUAGUGUAUCUCUUACAAGCUCCUUGUGUGUCUCUUAUCCCCCCUCUUUGUAUGUCCCCUACAUCCUCCCAACCUCUUUGCGUGUCUUACUCUAGCCUGCUCCUUUGUGUGUCUCUUUCCCCCCCAGGCCCCUCUGUUUAUCUCCCUCACAAGCUACUCUGUGUGUCUCUGUCUCCCCUACCAGCCCUUCUGUGCAAUUCUUUCACCCCUACCUUUAGCCUCUCUGUGUAUCUUACACUCCCUCUGUCCCUUAAUGAUCUCUUCCACUUCCCCCGUCCCUUAGUGGUCUCAACUUCACUUCUCCCCCUGUCCCUUAGAGGUCUCCCCUCCUGUCCCUUAGAACUCUCCCCUCUUUCCCUUAUUGUUCUCCCCUCCCCUUCAGUCCCUGUGUGUUGUCCCCUUCCCUCCUGUCCCUUAGUGCUCUCCCCUCCUGUCCCUUAGUGCUCUCCCCUCCCCUCCUGUCCCUUAGUGCUCUCCCCUGCCCCCCCACCCUGUCCCUUAGUGCUCUCCCCUGCCCCUUAAUGCUCUCCCCGGCCCCCCCUUAGUGCUCUCCCCAGCCCCCCUGUCCUUUAGUGCAUGGCAAUGCCCCCCCUUUCCCAUAGUGCUCUCCCCUGCUUCCCCUUCUCAAAGUGCUCUCCAUCCCCCCUGUCCCUUACAGUGCUCCCUCCUCCCCCAUCUUUCCAUUAGUGGUCUCUCCCCAUCUUUCCCUUAGUGGCCUCUCCUCCCCCCAUCUUUCCCUAGUGUCCUCCCCCCCACCUUUUCCUUAGUAGUCUCUCCCCCCCCUAGUGUCACUUAGUGCCAUCUCCCACCCCUUCCCUGUUGUGCCUACUACCUCACUGUAGCGUGGCCAGGUGGCACGGACCGUGGUACAUGAGCUUCUGUUUCCUGUACCCGGCCGAACUUACAGGAAGUGCUCAUUGAGAGAGCACUUCCUUUCAGUCCGGCCUGGUACAGGAAGCUCUUGUACCAUGGUCCACGCCACUCGGCCACGCUACACUGAGUGACUGGCUGUGCGCUUCCCUCCCGCCGGGUAACUCGAAACUUGCACUCCCCCUGGGCCGUUGCGCCCUAGGCGAUUGCCCAAGUCGCCUAUAGAACGUGCCGGCCCUGAUUAUAAUAUUUAACCUGUGACGGGGUGAUUUUUCAGGCUGUCAAUCUUCAAUAAAUAUAGUUGAAACUGUCAAAAUUUAAAUUCGCUACUAAAAUUAACCUUAAAAUUCGGUCCUGGCUGUGGAGUAUGUCAAGGACCCUCCAGCUGUUAGCGCAGGAUUUGAAAUUUUGAGCCCUGCUUAUUGUUAUUCACUAAAGUGUGAAAUGUCAGGAAUCAAAAUGAAUUCAAAGUGAAUUUCAAAAUGUAUCCCAAAAUAGUCAAACUGAAUUAUUCAGCUCAGCAUUGAAACUCCCUCUGAAUUUCCAAUAAAUCACACUUGACUAAAAACAAAACAUGUUGGACAGCUCUUCGAGGCGUGAGUCCUUUACCUCACUCUUUACAUACCUUUCCCUCUUAUCUCUCUUCCCUUUUCUGGUCAUGUUCAUUUAUAAUUGUAAACUUUAUGUUAAGUACUUAACAUUGAGGGUAAUAAUGUCAUUGUAUCUGUGUGACUUGUGCCUCAAAGAAUUAAAAACAAAACAAAAAAAAAUAGUUCCUACAUCCCUGACUUGUAGGUGUGCCUUGAGGACUGGUUUGGAAAUCACUGCUCUAGAUUGUAAAAGCAUUACAAUUUUUUUCUUUCGAGCAUUGUCCUCCUCAACCUAUUGUUCCUGUUACAAUUCGUAAUUGUCUAAUUUAUUAUUAGAUUUCCCCCUUUUAUAAUAUUGUAAAGUGCUGCGGAAUAAGUUGGCGCUAUAUAAACACCAAUUAUAAUAAUAAAUGUUACUCACCUCUGCAAGCCUGGAGGAUCCAUGGCACACUGUGAAUUUCUACUACAUAUCUUACAAUAUGUUGAAUUGACAGCUAAUGCCUAAUGCCAUAACAUUGGGGACACUAUGCACCCAAUGGAGGUUCUGAUAAAAGCAUCGGUUUAGGUUGUGUAUCCUCAUAAUGAUUCUAUUAAUAAAAUUGUAUCAAAUUGUAUGCUCGCUUUUCAUGCCUUUGUUCACGCAGCUGUCUGACAGCUGUCACAUUUUUCAAGAUUACUGUUUACUUUGUCACAUUUUACAAGAAUAGAAUAUGCAUGUCAGUGUCUGAUUUGCUUAUUAAUCUGUGAGUAAAUAAGUUAAUUUAGAAUCUCAAUUAAUUACAAUUUUAAGUGUUCUUACAUAAUUAUUAUUUUUUUUAUGCUUGGCAUAUUUUUAUUCCAUUUAAACCAUCAUUGUUUCUUUUGAUUAUAACAGAUCAUUCCCAUAUGCCGUGAAAUGUGAGGAAUGAGAAGUGUUUGUUUUUUUUGUAAUCUAUAGGCAAAAAUAGCUAAAUUGGGAUUUUAACCCAAACAUUUUUACAGUUUUACUAGUUUGGCCGAGACUUUGUAUAUUCUGAGGCAAAUUUGAGGAGAGAGUUGGAAUUGAGGAAGUAAGCCAAGCUGGUAAAGACAAGUCUCUCUAGAAGCUUUGCGUAAAAAGGGAGCAAGGAUAUGGGACAAUAGUUGGAAGGGGAAAAUGGGUCAAGAGAUGGCUUUUUUUUAUGAUCGGUACAACAGUAACAUGUUUAAGGGGAGCAGGUACAACACCAGAAGAAAGAGAGCAGUUGAAGAUGUGUGUUAAGGAUGGUACAAGACAGGGGGAGAGAGCUCUGAGAAGGUGAGAAGAGACGGAAUCAAGUGAACAAGUGGUGGGAUGAGAGAAUGAGAAGAGCAGCCACCUUUUGUUCAUUAGCCGGGUAGAAGGCCUGAAGGGUAGGAAAGGUACUUCCCAGGUGUGGUUGAGAGAGAGAGGAGUAAAGGGGGGAAUUUUUUUGGUAUCUGUAUGACACAAAAAGAGCAAUCAAUUAGGAGCAUUCCCUGCCUACUUUGACCUUUUGCCACACACAGUGCCCUGAAGAUAUUAUACAAAGAACGAACGAUGAAUAUAUCUGUUAUGGGGUUAUGUCCUUUUACCAACCUGAGCCUGCCCAGUACUGGAUGACAUGAGCAAGGGGAGGCACUAAGGGCAGACCUUUUACAAAAAAUAAGGUACCCUUCCCUCCCUCUCCUUCUCCGCUAUGUAAACGAGCCAGCCAGCAUUUCAUGGGAGGCGUGUACGGUUUACUCAGGUGUUACUACAUAUCUUCUAUUGGUUCUCAAUAGAUGAACCCCUUUUGGGGAAAACCAUUAAGGGAAACUUAGUAAUUAUAUUGUUUGCCUCCAAUGAAGGUGCAUGUUAGCACCGAAACGCGUGUCAGGCGUUUCAAACUUUAACAUUUUGCACUUCUAGCAUAUGGUACUCUGUUCACUUAGAUGUUUGCUGUUUUCCUAAUCCUAUCAAGUUUUAGAUUUUUUUAGCUUUUAAGGGAGAGAGGACUACAGACCCUUUUUUUACAGACCCUAUGGGCUAUGAUAGAAGCAUGUAUCUAUUAUCUGUAUUAGAGACAUUGGAUGCUACAUCUAACUGGAAGAGCUCCCUACUAUACUAAAAAUAAGUUUAAUGCCCUAGGUACAUUAUUUGCCUUAAAGGAACGCUAUAUGGUCAGGAACACAAACAUGUAUUCCUGACCCUAUAGUGCUAAACCCACCAUUUAGGUGGCUUGCUCCCCCUUAGCCCCCUUAAAAGCAAUGACAACUCACCUUAUUUCCAGCACCACGUGGGUCUGCCGGCACUGGCCCCGCCCCCUUGGUGACAUCAUCAGAAUUGCAGAUUUUUAACCAAUGCAAUGCUUUCCCAUGGGGAAAGCAUUGGAUUGGCUAAAAUUGGCAAGGGGGCGGCGCCAAACGCUGUUUUGGCCAAUCAGCACCUCCUUAUAGAGAUGCAUUGAAUGCAUCUGUGUGAGGAAAAUUCAGCGUCUGCAUGCACCUGAGCCAGGUGCGGAGUGGCCACUCGGAGGUUUCCCUAGGGGCAAUGUAAAUACUGCCUUUUCUCUGAAAAGGCAGUGUUUACAUGAAAAUGCCUGAAGGCAAUGAGCUGUAGUUGUUCUGGUGACUAUAGUGUCCCUUUAAUAAGGUGCAGUGGCCUAUAGGAAUAAAACCUUAUUAUGCCUGCACCUACCUAAGGGAAUAUAUAGGGAUUAGGACUAAUGGUUAGUUUUUACUGAUUAGGAGGAGGUCUUUGCAUUAUCUAUACAUAUUUAUAUAUAUGAUCUAACGGUAUAUGACUCACAUCUUUUAUAGGAGAUAUUUAUAGGAGGUUUUUUUUCAGUGCCACCAGGUAGAAUACAACAAACAAAGUGCACUGUGCAGAUAUAAGGCGCUUAAGGAUGAUAGUGUACAGAAACAAAUUUAGUUUAGCAGCUCAACACACAUGUAAGUACCUCUUAACUUAACACAAAAUCAUGCAAAGCAAAUGUGGAGUGCUCCGAUAUACCACUUCAAAUAGACCCAGUGGCGCACUAAUAUUGAUAAACCAUAAACACCUACCCUCAAAUAACUAAAAUAACUAAAAGAAAAAACAAAUUGACAAAAUAUGGUGCAGUAUAUAAGGAUAAUUGGAGUGGUUUAGAAGAUAUAUGUGUAACACACUCACAUGGCAUAGAGCCUAGGGAGGAUAGGCUCAGGUCACAAUCGCAGAGGUAUUUAUAGAUAAUACCAAACUUCUUCUAUAUGAGGACCCAGGUGCUCAGGAGAAAGAAAGAGAUGGACCAAAUGCUCGUAGUGUAUUAUCCUCAUUGCAUAAACAUUCAUUUAAAAAAUGCAGAUAACUGCUCACCUUUUAGAGAGCCAAAAAGGCUGGGCUCUCAGUGUUAUGGGCCCUGUGCCUUUAAGAGGGCACAACUCUUCUUUAAAAGCAGGAAAGUGCAGGAACGUUGUUUAAUGUUUAAAAACAAAUAAAAGCAAGCCAAAUACCAUGGGGUAGUAGUCCCAAAGAUGGUCCUGAUCGCCCGAGACGCGUCUCACCUUGUUCAAAGGCUUUCUUAAUCGGAUUCCUGUUUCUCACAUGUUUUCUUCCUGUGAUUGGUCCUCGUGCCCUAUAAUCAACCAAUCGACCGACCGGUAUGUGGAGGUGUGUUUCUGCUCAGCUGACAGUAGUUUCCCUUUCUUACAUAUGCGGAGGGGACGUAUCGGAAUCUCCUUAACGCCACUUCCGGUUCGGUCAGAUCACCAUUUUCAAUGUGGGCAUUGCCCUAUUCGUCCAUAAAAAGUAACGUAACGGAUAGUCCCAAGUUCAUGUUACUUAGUCAACAGUAUAUGACAUAUCUUUUAUAGAAGAUAUUUAUAGGAGGUUCAUUUGGCAGUAAAAAAUUGCAAAUCAAUUCAUUAUGUAAAAGAAAUAAAAGAAAGGAUGAUAGAACAUAUUCCUCAAUAAAAUAUACUCUUCAUGAAGAUACACUCCUAACCUCACUUGUGCUAGUUUAAGGUCCAAAAAUAAUAUAUCUUAAGGCUUAUAUAAAUCAAAUAUAGCAAAUAAAUAUGAUAUUGGGAUAAUACUCAGUUGAUAUAUAACUACUAACAUGAAGUCAAGAGUGUAUUUCAUAACAAACCCAACACCUUAAAAACCCAUACAGAGGAAUAUAAAAAAGGAGUAUUAAAAAAAUUGUAUAAAAUAUAUAUUAAAGUACUAAAAAAUAACAAUAAAAAAUGACAGAGUUCAAAGUCGUUAUUCACACCCUGUGGAUGUAGAUUAAAAAUCUAUCUCAUUUCAGAUUGUCCCAUUUUUCUAAAUAUGUUGUCACCCCUCCAGUUUAUUUCCACCUUUUGAAUUCCUGAAAAUUGUAGUUUAUUAGGAUCACUAUUAUGAACGUUUUAAAAUGUAGGGGUACACUAUGCUUAACAAAGCCGUUUCUCACGUUCCUAAUGUGCUCUUGCAUCCUCACCUAAAGGGGGUGAAUGGUAUGCUCUGUACAUACUAAUCCACAUGGGCAAGUCAUCAUAUAUAUUACUCUCUUGGAAUGGCAAGUAAUGUUAUAAUUAAUAUUUUUUUUUAAAUCUGAUUUUUUGAAUGUGUGGAUUCCUUAAUAACCCUUUUUUUAAACUUGUUUUAUUCCUACAGGCCCCGCAGAUACCACAAUCAUAAAAACCUUUAGAUUAAUUGAAUUGAUUCUGUGUAUCACUCCUCAUAUUUGUGUGGUUAUUUGUAAGAUUAUUUCGCAAAUUGGGUACACCUCGGUAAAUUAUUUUAGGUUUAUCAGGUAAAAUGGCAUUAAGUGCUUCAUGAUUUUUUAAAAUUGGCCAAUGCUUAGAGAUCACUUUUCUCACUUGUUUGCUCUGGAUAUUAAAAUCACAGAUAAAAGAUAUCUGACUUUCAUUGGAUGACAUUGUUUUUUCUUUAUACUUUAAAAGUUCUCUAUUAUAUCCUUUAAAUGAAAAAUUAUUUAUGAUUUUUUUGUGCCUGUUCUUGAAAUGUAUUGGUGUCCGUACAGUUUCAUUUAAUUCUUAAUAACUGGACUUUUGGUGCAUUUAGGAGCCAGGUAGCAUCAUCCCAAAUAUUUGACAAUUUUAACAUUUUUGUAUUGUUUUGGUUUUACAUGUUUAGGGUUAAGCCCUUCGACAUCCCUGGUGUGUCCAACUGGUGAAAUGAUUCCGGAGGAAUUCACAGAUCCCUAUUAGUUUAUUUGGGGGAUAAUUCUUUCCUUUACUGUUUACUCUUGUAGGUAAAAUAGCACACAAAGCUGUCAGCUGUAAGGUUAGUUUGAGGUGUGGCCACAGUAGGACGAAGGAGAAAGUUUAAGGUAGACACCUGGGAUUGCGGGAAUAUGAACUAAUGAGUGAAAAAGUAUAAUUUAGCAAAUGUGAGGGCUGUGCUGCACGAACGCAAGAUGAAAUUAUAAUGGAGAAAUUCUGUCAAGGUAUGAGACUUCGUCCAGCAGCAUUCAGCUGAAUGGGAGCAUCUUUGUUGUUAGCAGGUCGACUUAGUGUGCAAUGGUUGGAGGCGCAUCUUUCUAGAGGUGCAUGUGCCCACAGCAGAGGUGAGGGGUAGCAUUAUAUGAGGAUAUAGUCAGAGAGGGACAGAAGACAGUAGGGAUGUUUUUAGAGUUCAGAACGGACAUCAGCUAAGAGUUGCUGGAGAUCAAGAGAAUUCAGGUUCCUUCUGAAUUUAGGGGGGUUAGGCUGACUAUAUUGGGUGAGAAUUAGCCCACUGUGAUAGCACAAGGGAGGAGGUAAUUGAAAGAAGAUUUGAGGCUACACAUAUAACACAUUGUGCACAUAUAUAACCGUAUAUACAAUGAGGUCCUUUCAACAAAGUGACAGUGAUGAACAUCAGUCCAUAUUUUCUUGCAAAUGAUAAAUUGCUGAUUUGUAAAAGUUCUCCAACAUGGCUAUGGGGACAGUCUGGUUAUUUUAGCUUAACCUUUGCAAUUGUUUUCAAAUCACUACAGUUCGGUAUUUAGUGAAUAAACUUGAUUGAUUUCAUUGUCAUAUUCACAGCAUCUAUAAGGAAAAUAAGGAAAAAUCGAAGCUACUGUGCUGGUAUCCACAACAUGAACGUACAUCUACAUCUUUGAGCUAAUUUUGUUGCGUGUUUUUUCAGUAAAUCUGUGGAGAUCCUGUUUAUUAUUUAUAGGUUUUUAAAAUGUAAAUUCUAUUAAAUUAUUCAUGCUGUUGAGAUGUGUGCUAAGUUUUACUCAAAAAGCUAAGUGUCUACUCCAGUGAUACAUGUCAGUGAUCAAAGUAAGGGGUUUCUUUUGCUAAAAAGAAGGAAUUAGUAUUUCUUGUCUGGGAAUUAAAGUCAGUUUGUCUAUUACGUAAGACUUGUUCAUUUAAGCCAUGUGGCAAACUCUUAAAAGCUCAUAAUUAGAGAUGAUUAACUAGACAGCGGCAUAAAUGUACAGAAAAUGGCUUGUCAAGAUGCGUCUAGAAUGCAACAUAUGUGCCUUAAUAUGCGGGUAAGUUUUUUUUACUGUUCAUAUACAGUGGAAGAGAGAGAUUACAUAAUGGUUAGGUGAAUACAUUAUGGAAAAUAAUGCCUUGAGACGUACUGUAGACCAGACAUCAUAAUAAACUUAGGAACAGAAGGGUUGCUGUUAUGGUUAAAGGGACACUUUAGGCACCUAGACCACUUAAUGCAAUGUUCUUGGUUCCAUGUCACUCCUCGUUUUAACCUUGCAGUGUAAAAUAUUGUCGAUCUGUAGAAAGACAAUAGUUUCAUUGCAAGAAUUAAAGGGACACUAUAGACGCCAAUCAUCUCAUUGAAGUGGUCUGGGUGCAUUGUCCCCGUCCCCUUAACCCUGCAAUGAAAACAUUGCAGUUUUAGAUGGCUGUCAAUCAGACAGCUCAUCCUGUUACUUCCUGGUUUGGUUAGCUCAGUGAAGCUAAACUCAAGAGGCAGCAAUUGCCCAGAGCACCUGCCUUGCAAAGACUUCUGGUUGAGCUGCUUUGGGAAGUCUCUGAUUGGACAGCCACAGAAAGUCUGGGUGGGGUUAGAAGGGGAGGGCUUACAAAGGCGUCAGACAAGAGAUCUGCAGCUUUUACAAGCUGUUUAUAUAUAUAUACAACCCCAAAGAAAUAAAUGAAUAAUUAAACGCAUGCAUGUUUUAAUUCUGUGAUAUAUCUACUAAGCAGUGAUUUGAACUUAUUUUAUUUGGGCAGUGGAGGGUCCCCUUAAUUCUUUAGAGUGCCCCACAUUUAAUCUGCAGUAUAUCUACAAGGUCUGUCUAUGGGGACUUGGAAACCAAUAUUCGUGGGUGUUUGUAUCUGCUGAAGGACAGCAGAAAGUAUUGCUAGAAAAUGUAAGGGUAAAUUAGAUCACUCAUUGGCAUCCUGUAAGAAAUAAAAAAAAGGGGGAAGAAGAAAACAACCACAUGCCCACUUGUCUGACCUUGGUUUUUACUGUCAUUACAAUUGCUCUGCUUUCUACACAACAGAGUAAAAUGUUAGUUUUCACUUCUAUUUCUUAGAUCUCCAGUGAGCUGAAAAUGUAAUAAAUUGCAUGAAACCCCAAAAAAAAAACAGGCAGAUUAAUCAGUUACAAUGUAUCAUGGAAUAAAGUGCCCAUUGACUGCCAAUUGCUUCCUAUAUGCACUUGUUUCUCAACCAGUGGUACAUGUACCUCAGGGUACACUGUGUGUGUGUGUGAGAGAAUGUGUCUGUGUCUGUCAGUGAAUGUGUGUGUGUGUGUGUGUGUGUCAAUCAUUCAUAGUGUGUCUGUCACUGUGUGUCAAAUCAGUGAGUGUGUGUGUCAGUGAAUGUGUGUGUGUCUGUCAUUGUGUGUCAAAUCAGUGAGUGUCAAAUCAGUGAGAUUGUGCAAGUGAGUGUGUCAGUUAGUGUGUGUCACUGUGUUUUUUUAUUUGUCAGUAUGUGUGUCUGUCAGUGUGUGUCAAAUUAGGGUUUCUGUCAUAGAGUGUGCCCUCUCUGUGUAAGUGUGUGUGUGUGUCAGUGUCCUCUCUGUGUAAGUGUGUGUGUGUGUGUGUGUGUGUGUGUCAGUGUCCUCUCUGUGUAUGUGUGUGUGUGACUUUGUAUGUGUGUUUUGUGACUUCUAUACUUCAGAUUAAUAGUUCAUACACUCCUCUUUACAUACACAAUAUUCACAUGUCAUAUUUAUUUUGAAAAUAUUAUUUUCUACCUUUAGUCGGAUGUGCUCUCUAAUAUGGGAUUAACUUUAAUAUCAGAGUAUAUAUGUUUCAUUUGGAAUUUAAGGCAAUGGAAAUCAGUUCCUCGAAGCAGGGGUACUUAGUAGUUGUUUUUUUAUAGACCUUUACUUUUCUGUAAAAUGUUGAGAAACCCUGCUCUAUGCCACCAGCCUUCACCCCUCCUCUCCAUAUAUUCCAUGGAAGAGCAUUUAUUAAAUGUAUUUAUUUAUUUCAGGGUGUGUGUCUUUUGGAGCCCUUUAAAUUGUGGAAAGUGAUUUCAAUUUUAUCCUUAUGGAUUACAAUUUGUUGGAAGUUAUUGGACACCAAAUCGAAUUUCCAUGCACAGCGUCCAAGUGUUUUAUGUCUGCAAGGCUUCUAUGCCCUUUAUCUGAUUUGAUACAGGUUAAAUCAACAUAACUACGAGCAAUGCCUCGGCAACUGUAUUUCCGACUAAUGACUUAAUAGGAUCAAUAUAUAUGCUCUGAGCAUCGGACAGAAUUGGCCUAAUUUCUGAGUAGAAAUAGAAUAUUAUAUAAAGCUCUGUGUCACAUACAGGAGAGAGACUUAUGUGCAUUCUCUAUAAAUAAAUAAGACAUUAAAUAAAUAACCUUAUUAGCUUGAAUACAUUACAUGUCUAUCUAAAAGCUGUUACACGUGUAUUCAGAUUGAGUCGUUUAGUUCAAAACUUUAUAAACUUCAUUGAUGACCUGAUUUAACAGGUAGACGUGCAUUCGGAACAUAAGUAAAUAAUUUGACAAAAGUACAUCAGUGCGUAAGUCAUACUAAUAAAAUAUAAAUAAAAUAUUGCAGAUAUAUUUUUAUCAGCUUUAUUGAUGUAGCAAUCGUUCUAUUUAUAACUGAGUAAGGAAGGUAAAACUAUUGUACUGGGAACAGAUUUUUGGAGUUGAAGGGAAGACACAUGGAAUAUGGAGGUCAGGAUGGUAACGAGUAGGGGUACAUGUUCACAGGUUAGGUGCAAGGGAAACAUGUAUUUUAAGGAGACAGGCAAGUUGUGGAGAUGGACAGACAAAUUGAGAGAUGGGAUAAGAGUGAUACGUAAAUGUUUUAUGGUAUAUAUAGCUUCCAAUAAGGAAAUGAGGAGUGGGGAAUAUUAAGGGGGCUCCAAUAGCGUUGGAUUAGUUUAGAAUAGUAAAAUGCUAUUGGAGCCUCCUUGGGUUCUCUCUAUUUAUUGUUUAACUGAUAUAGCUCAACACAUGAAAUUGAAGUGGAGUGAUACAUCCCACAAAGAUUGUAAGCUGUCAUGCCCAGAGCCGGUUUGUGGCUCUGGGGUCGGUGGGUGUAUUUCCUUUGUAGAAUGUUUAAAGGAAUAUUGAAUAUUGCACGGACAUUCUACGCUUGAAGUGUUGUUUUGUUUACAUAUUUUAACUAAACUUGUUUGAAAAUCUGCUUGUGUACUGGAUAUAUAAGUGGUAAAAUAUGCACUUGCAUGUGUAAGAAUUUAGAAAAAUAUCACAACACUAUUAUUGUAUGUUGAUUAUUUACAAUAUUGCUCCAAACAGUUAAAGCAGAUGCUAUUUUGGAGGCUUGUAUAAAUGUGUACUUUAAUAUGAGUAUGCAGAGCAGUAUACAAUUGCUUCUCAAUUCCAGGUCUGAUAAAUUUUAUUAGAGGCUUUUCAGCAACCUCACUCUGUUGAAAAGAAAAGGUUUAUUUCGGGGGGCGGGGCCUGGCCGCCGAGCUGGCUGGUCGCACGGCACAACAGCUCCAGCAAACCUCGCUUAAUAAUCUCAAAAUAUGGAUCUGUUGGAUCCACCUGUCAACCUACCGCGGUGGACCGGCACCUGUGGAGACACUGGACCCGGGGAGAGGCUUGCAGCUGCUGUUUUAGUCCCCCGGGGGGGUACGCACCGCUCCCUCUGGAUGAGGCCUACUCGGGCGGUGAGUGAGGCGGACGGCCGCCGCCCACUAUCCUGCCUGAUGCUAUCCAGCCAGACUCCCUUGGCUGGGCGGACCGGGCCCUGUUCCCCCCCCCUCUGGGCCGGUGGGGGUGAUCCCGACCCGCACCCUAUACACUCUGUGGCCCCGGCUAAGACCGAAGCUCUCAAGGCCCAGACGGGUUGCCAAAACGCAGCUCACACAAGCACUUCAUGACUCCAAGGGGAUGUUACCCUCCUGAAUUCCACGCAGGCACUGAACGCCUGCAUGAAACAACCCAGUACCCACUAACCCACAGCCUCAGCAACCGCCGGACAAGUGCUACCAAGGCCCGGAGCCCACCCUCGACAAAAAGGCGGGAGCGGUUGCCUGCUGACCAGCGAGGCACAGACCCAUCAACCUAGACCCAGCAGUCAACCCCUCGGGCCUGCCCAGACGACUAGCGCAGAGUGCACACCCUAAGUCCGUUCCGAGGAUCUGGCCUGCACCGCCUCCACAACGGCACAUCAACACUUACCAGCCGGACCGCAGAGAAGAGGCACCAAACAGCCAGAAGAAAGCGGCGGAAGAGUGCUCCACAUCACAGGGGGACUCACAAGCCUUCAGCACCCAAGUUACGACCCAAGGCAGCAACGACGGAAUAAAACAGCCCUGGACUCAUUGGGGACACAGAACCUGCACAACAUCCCUCCUUGGAGUACAGGUGCCUGGCUGCCUGCCACUGGGGUGUCGGGGUGCUCUUAUAGCAUAAGCGAGUGAUCUCAGGACACUAACUGCAUCAUGCUACAAUAUAAGAAUGUGCAAUACAUACACCUAUAAGCUAUGACAGAUCACCUUUUUCCUUUCCUUUUUCUUUUUUUCUAGCUAGUGAUACAAGGCAGAGUUACCCACAUAUCCUGACCACUAGAUGAAGUUUAAAAGUCUUUGUCAGCUCAGGCUUUUUUUCUUUCUAUUGUUAACUUUCUUCUCACACAAUGACUUAGCUGUGCAUCAGAUCUUACGUGCCAUGACAAACUCGAGUUAGUUUACUAUUAAUACGCUGUAUUAAUUAAUUGCAUUUGUUGCCAUGAUAAAUGUUGAAUUAUAUACAGCAAGGGAAGGAAGGAAGGGAAAAGGGAAGGAAGAAAAAAAAAAAAAGAGCUUAACUCUCAGCAGCAGCAGCAUACAUUUAGCACUGAGCGUACGUAGUCACCUCAUAGUCCUCAUGUCUAGUUAGAAAGGUGUGCAGCCUAGUCGUGUCAUGACAUUGUUUGCAUUAUUAUAAUUUGUACUCUUUCUUCAAGUUUGACUACGCCUGUAACUUAAGCACCCGGUCAACAUUCAGUUAAUGUGGUAGCACUACGGAUGCUCAGUCGUGUCCUUAAAGCCCUUACAAGCACACAUCUACUCACUAGAGCAGAGAUUGUUGUUUACUGUUGCAAGCUUGCAGACCCCAACGUGACACACCGCAUUAGAUAUACGUACCCUGCUUGCACUUAACCUGAUACAUGUAAACUACGCCACGCUUGUUUAUGCAUCAUAAUAUAAACCGUGCUUCUACUCAUGCCACUGUAUGUCUUGUAAUAAAAACGUGUACGCUGUUGUGGCGUUUGAUCUUGCAAUGUACUCACCUGCACGACAAAAAAAAAAGAAUAAAAAAAAAAAAAAGGUUUAUUUCAAGACCGGAAGAAUUCAACUGUGAAAGCUCAGAAAACUAACCUUAAGUGCAUCAAUGUGAUCUCAUAUAUGUACUUGCAGCUCACCAUAUGUUACUUUUCCACCUCAGGGCUUUUAGUUGAUAAUAGAAUAUAACACAUUUUAACAAGUCCACUUAAGGGAGCCCCAUCUGUAAGACUAGCAAGUAAGCCAAUUAUAUUCAAGGUUCUGUUCAGUAAAGUUCAAAUUGUAGCAACUUAGAAGCCAAAUGGCAAAAUGUAGACUUUAAAUAGCCAAGUUGUGGCUAUAGCUUCAUUUGAGAUGUUUUUCAGGCUGAGCUAUUUUUGCUUACAUUUUGCCAUCUGGUUUUCAGUGUUCUAUAUUUUGGAGUUUAGAGAAUAAACUCUUAAGAGAUACCUGCCUACUAUUAAAGGGACACUGAAGGCACUCAGACCACCUCAACUUAUUGAAGUGGUCUGGCUGCAAUGUAAAUCAUUGCAGUUUUUGAGAAUCUACCAGCCAGCCACUAGAGAUGGUUCUGGGAGUUACCCGGACUCCAGGUGCCCUAAAUGACGCUGGACGAUGCAUGGCAUGAGGACAUCCAGCACCAGUGUGAAUUGGCCAUAGUCAAUGCUUUUUUAUAGGGAGGGCCUAAUGGGCUUGCCACGCAUGUGAAUUAGGUACCCCCCAUCUGAGCAAAUAAAGUUGUUGGUUUUUAACCCUUUGUGUGCCACUGGGAACAGAUCCUGGUGACCAAAACAAGAGGUCUGGUAUUGCUCUAAUAUAACUCUGCGGAUGUGAUUUAAGCCUAUCUUUAUUGGGCUCGACACCUUUUGGCUGCGUUUAAUUUAAACUUAUACCACUCUAAGUUUGUAUUACAUAAUACACUAUAUUCUGUUAUCUUUUACCCUGUUUCAUCUGUAUGUCUUCAUUAUUUCCACUGUUCCUCUUAUGGUAAGUGUGUGCUUUAACAUUUUAGCACUCCACUUGGUUUACAAAAAGUAACUUGGACCUACUUAGUUCACUCACCUUUCUUUUGCAUGAUUUUGUGUUAAGUUUAAGGUACUUACACAUGUGUUGUAGCUGCUAUACCCAAUAUUUAUUGGCCUUAUAUAUUUAUUUAAGUGCCUUCAUUGCACAGUGCACUUUUGAAUUUACACUUGAUGAAAUAAUUAGUUUAUCAUAGAGAUAUUUAGUGCACCGGUACAGACUGUAUUUCAUUCUUUAACUGUAUAUACUUAUAGUGUGGCAAUGAAAAAAUUAACUUGAUGGACUUUUUUUUUUUUUUUACAAAUAUUGCCAUUUAAGUGGCACUGUAAAGCUCUAAAGUGAAUGAAUAAAUAUGACAGUCAUCCACCAGCCCUCACUCCGACAAGAGUACCAUGCCAGGAGUACUUCAAAUCCUAUAAGCCUCUCAGGCAGGCUGAAAGAAAUUUAUAGGAGAGAGAGAUCACAAGUAAGUUCCUCUAUCCUUAUACAUGUAGAUAUAACUUAGAGAUAGAUUAAAGAAACACGAUAGGGUCAGGAACACAAACAUGUAUUCCAGACCCUAUUGUGUUGAAACCACCAUAUAGCCCCCCUGAUCCCCACUUGCUUCCUCACAUAUUGCAAAAUCCUACUUUUAUUCCAGUCUGCUGCUGCUGGUUCUGCCCCUGAUCUGCCUGCUUGGCUGACAUUAUCAGAAAUUAUUCUCUCAGCCAAUCACAAUGAUUUCAUACAGGAAAGCACUGGAUUGGCUAAGACUGUCAAGGUGGCAGAUCGGGGGAGAGACAGCACAAGUCAAACACAGCGAUGACCAAUCAGCAUCUCCUCACUGAAAAAAUGCAUCUCUAUGAGGAAAGGUCAGUGGCUCCAUGCAGAGGGAGGAGACACUGAAUGUCAGGCACACUGUGCAGCACUUCCCCAGGAAGCACCUCUAGCAGCCAUCUGAGGAGUAGCCAGCGGAGGUAUCCCUAGGCUGUAAUGUAAAUGCUGUAUUUACUCUAAAAAAAACAGUGUUUACUGCAAAGAGCCUGAAGUAAAUGAUUAUACUCACCAGAACUAAUACAAUAGGCUGAAAUUGUUCUGGUGACUAUAGUGUACCUUUAAUUAAUCAUAGUGAAGGUAAUACUGUAUUAAUCCCCUAGCAUGAUUAUUUUUUGUUACUUCAUGAUUACUAAUCUGUCUUUAUGCGCUAGCCAAAUUGUUACCUUGCUGAUGCUUUUUGCAUCCCUAGCAGUUGUGUUGUAACAGGAGGCCUGCGGUGGGAAGCAAAUUUUAAGUCUGGCUUGUAGUGUAAGACCUUAAAUUAUGAGCAGUGCAGCUGCCUCACUAUAUGUUCGAAAGAACAGGAGACUGAGAUGCGUGUGGGGAGAGGGAUGCCUCAUUGCUCAGGAAAGGGGCAAAGAGUUAAUUAUAGGGCAGGGCAUGAUGGUGAAACUAGAGGAAGUAGAGUGUGAAGGAAGAAAAAGAGAGGACAGGAUGUGGGGGGAAUUGAGUGGAAUGGGUGGGGGAUAGGUGCAGGAUAGUGUAUGUAAAAUUGUGUGAAGACAUAGACGGGCAAUUUAAAUAUACGACCACUUAUAUUUGUGCUUUCCCAGAGCUCUUUUGUUCAUAAUGUGCCCCUAGUGGAUAAACAUACAUUAUCUUUAAGCGAGAACUUUCAUCCUUUUCUAUCACGUUAAUUUCUGAGAGAUCACAUCAUGUCUAAUAUCAUGAAACAGUUAAUCAACACAGCCCCAGAGCACUCAUAAAUCAAUGAAAACACCAGCGAGCCAGGAUUAGAAUUCAUUUAACCAUGAGUCAUAUACUCUCAUAUAAAAAAAUCUAUCUUAUCUCCCAAAUUUUAAUAAAUACCCAUACAUGAUUUCAAAGUGGCGACCAUUUUUUCUUCGAUACAAGCCUAUAAUAGAAUAAAAUCACUCCGGUAUGCUGUAGCAGAAGCUCGACGUCAGUACAGGCAAGGCUUCCAGUAGCUGCUGUUGGACUUUUCUUUCACCCAAGUUUGCUAGAUCUGACAUGAUUUCAGAAUGCAUAAUACUCGUAUGUACUGGUGGGUUGUACAUGAAAGUUUCUGCUCUGAUACAUAUAUAAUUCAUGUGCCGAACGAAGGCAAUCAGGAGUCGCAAAGGUACUGUCUUGAUCUUACAAAAUUCUAAUAAUACAUACUAGAGGACAGCACUUUUCAUGCACUGCACCCUAACCUAAAGAAGAGAUGUAUGUCCAUGAAAUAUUAUGGAUCUAUCCGCUUACUCCAACUCAUUGUUCUGUUAUAAUGGCAAACAUUCAGUUUACUGCUCAGUAUGACUAUUAUUUGUUACACUUAGGGCUGGCUGAGAGUUCUGUGAUUUUUGGUUGACACCAGCUGGAGCACCAAGUAUUUUCCAUCUGUAAUGUGAGGUCUUAUAUCUGGAGUGUGCAUGUUAUAUAAUGACAUAUCACUUCUUCGCGUCAUCAUCAUAAUAACAAUAACAACAACAAAGUAUUUAACCAGGAAAGGCACAUUCAGAUUACUCUGGUUUUCUUUUUCUUUUUUUCAUUCAAGGUUUUUAUUAGUGGUAGACAUUACAUACAGGUAAAGUUUAGCGUUGACAGAUCGGAUUGCAUUGCUGGGCAGGCUAUCAUUGGAUACAGUUCUAGUUACAUUUUACAGAUGUACAUUUUAUACGUUGCAGAUCACAUAUCUAACAAUAUCAGCUGUAUCGAACUUUACCUUGGUUUGGGUGUUUUACUGGUUUAGGGUGUGUGGUGAGGGUUAGCCUUGAACAGCGGCAUCAAUUGAAUACACAGUGCUGUUAAAGUGUGGGCUGUGAUGUGGAGUGUGCAAGGUGAAUCUUGACGCUCAAGUGUAAGGAGGAGAAGUUCGCGGGCAGCAGGGAGAAGCAAGCCAGGGGUCCCCCGUGAGUGGGUCUGUUCGGAGUCUGGUGGGUGGAGUCGGGGAGGCGAUUGUUGUGAGGGUGGUGUGCAAUCUGGCCGGGAUUUCUCUCUCUCUGGGUUACUGUCGCGUGUGUGGUUGCCGUGCAAGUCGUGGCAGUCAUGUCUUCCCUCUUCGGUUGUCUGGACGCUUCGGUCAGAUGUGCGGGGUCGUUGGGGUGUUGCUGAAGCGUUGUGUGGUCGUCUUGGUCAUUGUUGUUGUCUGGGGUUUGGUGUCGGGGGGGUCACUGUCGGUUGGGGGGCGUUCCGGGUCGUGGGGCAUGGCUGGUGUCUUGCUUUGUGGUUGGUUCUGUGUGCUGGACUUCCAGGUAUCCCAGGAAGGGCAUUUGGUGUUGGGCCCAUUGUUGUUUGAACCGUGUGGGGUCACGUGUGUGGGCAUGUUGAGCUGCUGUUCUUCCCUGUCGAUGAGGGGGGGUUGUUUGUGUGAGUAGUUCGUGUCUCUGUGCUGUCGUGUCAGUGGUGGAUUGUGUGUUAUGAGUUGCAGGGUGGGGGAGGAGAGGGGGCAGAGGGGAAGGGGGGGUGGUCCAGUGCGGAGCGAGAGUCUGAAAGAUGGAGGAGGGGGGAAGCAGGUUCGAGGUCAAGCAGGGAGGGAUAUGGAGGGUCAGGGGUAGGUGAGGGAGGUCUGGACCCAGAACCCCACCCUAGCUCCCCUCACCCCCGGGCUGGGGCCGCAGUCUAUCAUGUCCCCUGUAGUCCUGUCCUCUCUCUCCGGGAUAUGGCGUGGUGCAGGGUCCGCGGGGUCUCCAUGGGGCGACGGGGCUGGUGUCCUUGUCUCUGUGAUCUCUUCGACUGGUCCAGCCGAGGCCGGUAAUCCUCUAUCCGCCUCCGGGGGUUGUGCGUCUCCCGCGUCCGUAGCAGGGGAGGAAAGCCAAUGGAGCCAGUGGUACCAUGUAUCAUGGUAGCGUUGUAUGUGUUCCGCCGCGGAGUGGAUAAGCUCCUCUAUACGUCUGAUGUCCUCCACUAUGGUCAUCCAUUCUCUUAAGAUCAGGGCCGUGUGUCGUUUCCAGUGUCCCGGGAUGAGGCUACAUGUCGCGUUCAGUAGGUAUGGUAUCGAUGAUUUUUAAAAUUUGUUUAUGGGUAUCGUGGUCAGUUGGAGCAGGUAUGUUUUAGGUGUGGGUUGCAGAUUCGCAUCGGUUAUGGUCAUUAGCACUGUGUGGACCGCUGCUCAAAAGGGCUUGAUAAGUGGACAUGACCACCAAAUGUGGAAGAGGGAUCCCAGUUCUUUCCCGUAUCUCCAGCAUUCCGGGUAGUUUGUGGCUUUCAUCACUACUCUGGUUUUCAAGUAUGUUACCUUAGCCCAACAUCCAGGGGUUGUUACUGUUACCCAAUUUAAUGGUACUCAUUUUAUCUACCUCGGAAGGAUGAAGAGCUGAGUCAACAUAAUGAAUCAUUAGCGCUGCCAGAUCAACAGUUGAUAUAGAGAGACCUGUUAAAACAAGUCAUACUUCAUGGCUGUGUUCUGUCAAGACACACUUGAAAUAUUCAUUCACAAUGUGCUGCUUAAAGGGACUCUCCAGUGCCAGGAAAACAACCUGUUUUCCUGGCACUGCAGGUCCCAUCUCCCUCCCACCACCCAUCCCCGGUUGUUGAAGGUCCCUCGGCUGUGGUUUCGGGUCGCCGCCGCUCCUCCCCUUCAUUACGUCAGUCGGCAGGGGAGACUGAUGCCGCCCGCCGGCUGAGGAGAACUAAUGCGCAUGCGCGGCAUUAGAGCUCUCCAUAGGAAAGCAUUGAAAAUGCUUUUCAAUGCUUUCCUAUGGGGAAUUGAGCGAUGCUGGAGGUUCUCACACAGCGUGAUUACGUCCAACGACGCUCUAGCACAGAAAACCUGUCCUAUGAAGCAGAAAGUGCCCUCUAGUGGCUGUCUAGUAGAAAACUGCAAUAAUUACAGUUGCAGGGUUAACCCAGACCACUCCAAUGGGCAGAAGUAGUCUGGGUGGCUGGAGUGUCCCUUUAAAUAAAAUUAUGCUUUGUCAACUUAAUGCGUCAUAAACUUUUAAUUUUUGAGACAGGGCCGUGUAAGUUUUGGAACUGUCAAGACACGUGGUGUGGUUGUGUGACACCUGAUUUCCCCUAAGUCUUCCUGAUCACCUGGCAUACCAGCUCUGUCAGCCAGUGUUGGGAGAACUGAUGGAACAUGCACCGCAUGCACCUGUUUAACUGCACUUAAGUUAAAUUCGGGGCAUUUUAAAUCCAGAGACCAGCAGCAUUGGGUAUAUGAGCAGCCUUGCUUGGCAGCCCAGUUGGUCAGCCUGUCAUCCAGAGGUAUGCAUGCAUGUCGAGAUGACGUGCCCCUUUAUAGGUGGGGAUGUUGUCCAUAAUUCUGCUUACAUAAGGGGUACUUCCACCCAAGGGCUACAUUCUCUCCUAUUCGAUAUCAGACCAACCAAAGUUGGCAGGUGUAAAGUUAAAAAGUCGUAUUAUGCCAUAUGCCUGUUAACAUGAAUUUCAUGUCUUCUUGCAUAAAAAGUUGCAAUUGAAUUAUCCUCUACACGUUUCAGCCCUUUGUACAUCUCUUAAUAUACUGGAGAUUGUAUUACUUGUGUAACCCUCAACUGGCUAUUAAAGGAACCCAAACAUGUAUUAUUGCUUAACACUAUAGUGUAUCCUGCCAAGUUGGGUUACUUGGGAAACCUUUGCUCCCUUUCAUUCUCAAUCGUAAUGGCCUCAGCAAAUCCACUGCUUCCCCAGAGGGAAGCAUUGGAAGGCUUGUGCACAUGUACAGCAAGUUGAAAGGAACCACAAAAUCCUAUGGUGUGAUAUUAACUCCAAAUAUGGUGCUAUUAAAGUGGUACUGUCAUACAUUAUAUAAUUAAAGGUGUUAUUUCUCUCCCAGGGAACUAGGGGCUAAAAAUUAAAUAGUGAGAAAAUUAGACCCGGGUUGUUCAGCACUCGGGGCUCAAUCAGACCACGUGGUGGUUUUCUUCUCUCCCGUUAGCUCCUCUGUGGCAAUUAAAGUGACAGGCAUAGUUUGCUAGAGUGUGUCUGCCUUCACCCUGUUAACACUUCUUAACGAGCUCAGCUAGAAGUGUGAAUGAAAAUCUAUGUAUCCUUGCAGCUAUUUUAAGCUAACUUUGCAAAAAUAACCUAAAAGCAAACAUGCAAAAUAAAGUAUAUGCAUGUUUUCUUUGAGAGCAUAUCUGCUAAAGUGUAAGCAAGUAUACAAUAAAGUGUUCAUUUAAUUAAAAAGAUUUGGCAGGCACUUUGGAGUUUUGGGGAAGCGUAGGGAUAGCACGUUCUCAUUGGACCCAAUGAUUGGACCCAAGCAGCGCAAUCAUUUGGGCAAGGCCUGAGUGUAGCGAGUACCCUGUACCCACUUUCAUCUAUGAGAUUGGCUUACAGCUGCAGUCAGUUACGCAGCUGGUUCUCUGUUUUGUCCUUACUGUGCGUGGAAACAGUGCAGGCAACACAUAGCUUUUACUAAUGUCUCAUUCGGCCGUCUCCUCAGCAUAACUGAACAAUGACGAAUAACUACUUAUCCCAUAAACCGCCGCUGGAUAGGGGUUGGUCAGAUAAGAGCAGAUCCCAUAGACAGGAACGCUGAAUCUUUUCCUGGUGAGGAAGUUUAAAUAUAUAUUUUGUUUUGUCUAAUUUUUUUUCUGCAUAUUUUAAUUCCUCAGCUAUAUAAUUCAUUACAAUUCAGUCUAAAGAAAAUAAACCGUUUUACUAAUAACUUAGAAUAUACCCCGGUAGCUGGAUAAUAUUCUUUUUCCCUCCCCAAGUCAUUUCACUAUCAUUCCUGUACUGAAGAACCCAGGCUGUUUUCCAAAUAUAAUUAUUCCUCCGUAUAACCGCUCACCUUCCAACAUUUGAAAUGGACAAAGAGGGACACUUUAAUAUUAGUAAUGCGAGUGGGGGUGUGGCCAGGGGCAGGGCUGUUCUGAGAAAUUUUAGAUGAAUUACUAAAAUCCAUUUAUACGACUUAAAUGUAUGUUUUGAAAUACCUCUGUGUAAACAGGAUACAUUGUUAUUGAUAGAAAUUACAUUCUAGUUAUAUUAAUUGUUAUUAGUAAGUCACCUAAAGUUUCUCAGAACCCCAUGGCCACACCCCUAAAAUUAAAGUGCCCUUCUCUGUCCAUUUGACAUGUUGGGACACAUGCUUUGUUCUCACUGCACAUCCUGCUCAGUCAUCGCCUAUGCGCAUCAGAUCUCACAAAGCACCAACUGAUGGAGGCUGAGAGGACAUGACAUCAUAGCCCCACCUCCUCCAUCAGCUGCUGCAUCAGUGUGCAAAAGGGAGCAAUGGCAGCAGGCUGGGCUGGAAGAAUAGCCUACAACUCGCCCCAGAUGGCACCCAGCAGAUCACUACUCAUACAGGGUUAGGAGAUUGGACAGAGUGGGGAUUAAAUGGGAGGGUUAGAAAAUGGUAGGAAAUGAUUAAGGAAAUGGGGUUAAUGAGAUGGGAGGAAGGGGUUAAUGAAAUAAGGGACUAGGGAGACGGGAGGAAGGGGUUAAUGAAAAGUGGUUAAAGGAGAUGAGAGGAAGGGGUUAAUGAAAUAAGGGACUAGGGAGAUGGGAGCAAGGGGUUAAUGAAAUAAGGGGCUAGGGAGAUUGGAGGAAUGGGUUAAGUAAUAAGGGGCAAGGGAGAUGGGAGGAAGGGGUUAAUUAAAUACGGGGCAAGGGAGAUGGGAGGAAGGGGUUAAUUAAAUAAGGGGCAAGGGAGAUGGGAGGAACGGGUUAAUAAAAUAAGGGGCAAGGGAGAUGGGAGGAAGGGGUUAAUGAAAUAAGGGGCUAGUGAAAUGGGAGCAAGGGGUUAAUGAAAUAAGGGGCUAGGGAGAUGGGAGGAAGGUGUUAUUUAAAUAAGUGGCAAGGGAGAUGGGAGGAAGGGGUUAAUUAAAUAAGGGGCUAGGGAGAUGGGAGGAAGGGGUUAAUGAAAUGGAAUUAAUAAGAUGGGAGUGAAGGGAUUCAUUACAAACGUGUAUUCCUAACACGCUAGUUUUCCCCUCUGAUCUCCCCAAAUGUAAAUUAAAUAUUGAAAAAAGGAUUUUACUCCCUUUUUUUCCCACUGCCAAGAUCCAGUCCCCACUGCCACCUCCCUCAACGUCACACUGAUUCUUUGUGUCAUCCAGUACAAUGCUUCUCAUACAGGAGCAUUGGGGACAAAACGAACAAGUGCGGCCAGCUUAGUGCUCUUCCAGUUAAAUGGAGGCUAGCUGUGAGAACCAAGUUUGACUAACAUACCCUUGGGCUGAAGCCCCUAAUCGUUUUGUCACUUAGCAACUUCCUUGCUGGUGUGCAUUCAUUAUAAAGCUGAAAUCUGUUUUGUCGACAAUUUCUAUGAACGUCGCAUUGUAAAUAUGAUCAUGUGUUCAAAUCAAUGUAUAUGCUCUUCUGCAUAAUCCGAGUUUUAACGGAACACUUAAGACCCUUAUUGCACCUGAGCUUGCUGAAGUCAUUUAUGUGUAAAGAGUGUGUCCUCUUAUUUUUUUUAAUAAAAAGGGCAGAUUUCGAUAGAAUUUGGUACUCAUAAAAAUUAACCUUGUUACAUCCCCUGACUUUCAGUCAGACCAUAGGUCCUGUUAUUUUCUGGUUUGGUUAGUUCUGUGGAGCUAAACUCAAGAGAACUGCAUUGCAAAGACUUCUCAUUGAGCUACAUUAGGAAUUCUAUGAGAGAUCUAUGGCAAUAUACCUCAGCACAGAAUGCACCUGUCAUGGUUGAAUAUAUUUUUUACCUGUUAUGAAUUACAUUUAUACGUGUGUAUGUAUAUAUAGAUUGUUUGUUUAUUGUAUUUUUGUAAUAUUGUAUCCUAUUGUAACUGCAAUGUUUUGUGGACCCAGGACACUUGAAAACUAGAGAAAUUUCAAUGUAUCCAUCCUGGUAAAAUAUUUUAUAAAUAAAUAAAUAAAUUCAGUGUUUCUACCAAUAGAAUAAAAGAGUAGUCAAGCCAGAGUAGCUUUGGCACAGAACCCAAACUGACACAGUUCGGUAGCUCUAGGACACCUAGCUGGAAUAGGUCCUUUACAUACAAGAAACUUCGUCAUGGUCUGUGGCUACACCACGGUCCCGUCUUUGUAUGAUAUUGUACAAUGUCAACUCUGAUCAGUGACGCUCACAUUAUUUGAAAUAACAUAUAACACUUUCAUGAGCCACUGAUCAUAUUCUAACUAGGGGGAGCUGAUUACUAGGUAUGCACCUUGUGACCUGUUAGAUUUUAAAAACAACUGUGGAUGACUGAGGCUUCUGUUCAAUAAAUGCAUAUUAGACUUUAGGCCGCAUUUUCAUGUGGUUUGGCCUGAAAUGGCUAACAUAGGAAUGUACUGGGGAGGUUGCCGAUUCCAAAUCUGUUUUUUAAGCAGCUAUAUUACCGUGAUUUGGAUGGACUGGAUCAGGGGUGGCCAAAAUUAGGGCAUUUAAGUCCAAACUGCUAUUUUUUCAGGCUAAGCUAUUUUGCGCUAGCAGUUGCAAUUUCUCUGUGAUUUCUUUACAAUUCUGGAUUCAAUAAAUAAAUAAAAUAAAAAAAAAAAAAAAAUAUAUGAGCAUCAUGGACUGUGUGAAAAUACUAAUUUAAAUCGUAUUAGUCUGCCUUUGUUUCUUUAUGUUGUAAAACAAAACCUCAAACAUAUUUGAUUUUUUUUCUUCUCUGAUUUAAAUAAAAUGUUACAAAGGUAUUUUGCCCUCUUUGUUUCAGGACAAAAAAUCCUUCAUCACAGAAGUGAUGUUUUGGAGACGGUGGUUUUAAUCAACCCAUCCGAUGAAGCAGUCAGUACUGAGGUGAGUUACUUAUAACGAAAGUUUUUAUUGUACGGUGACUCCCUUUGUUCUACAGACACUCUUAUUUAUCUCCCCUAUCUUACCCCUUGUUAUGAUUAUCGUAAAACGUACUUACAAGACUUGUGCAUUUAUGCUUUUUAGCAAUAUUUGUUUUUUAAAUAAAUUCUUUAUUUACGAUAUUUUGAAAUUUUUGAAAGUGCAACAUUGAAGGAGAUUACAGAAAGGAAAAAUACAGACGUUAGAUUGGAUAGGCUGCAUUUCCAAGUAGCUUAAAGUUGUAAGGCAACCACAUUGCACACAAAAAUAACAUGUAAUCAUAGUGUUGAUCGUUAAUUUGUGUCGGAUUUCCAAUUUCCAGCCUGGGGUAGUGGGAUGCACAUUGUUACAUAAGCUAAAGGGAAUGCCAUAAUGGCUAAAGAACGGUGAGGCCCAUGUCGGUGGUGAUAGGAAUGGGGAGUCUGUGAUCUGGAGUCUAUCACCGUUUAGCUCAAUAGCAGGUUCAGGGGGGGUACACGGAUGUGUGUUGUAGAAUGCAAGGUAUGGGUGUGUUGAUAGCUGGAGCAAAACAAUAUUUGUAUGUAAUGAAUUGAGGACCUGUGGCCCCUGAGGCCGUAGAGUGUGGUGGAGGGGUUAGUCCAUGUUGUUAGCGAGUGGUAGUUUUCGGUUCGUCUGAGUCCAGGGUGUAAUAUAUUUUGACUCUAUGCCUGAACAAAUCGAUCAGUGGAAUUUUAUUUCAAUGAUUGACUUCACAGGUAAAUCUUGAACUGAUUGUUUUGUUGGGUGCAGAUUAAAAGGAAUUUGAUUCGUCGGUACUAGCUGAAAAGCAUUAUUAAUGCACAAGUCUUUCACUUAUCCUGUUUCUCUUGAUUUGCUUUCUUUACUGGUGUAUAAUAAUCACAUGUACCAGUUUUGGGGGAUUCACCAUAUAUUUAUAUUGGCAAAAAAAAAUCACCUGCGCACUAACUAAAUUAUCUUUAAUAUGUAAUUAAUUGAGCACUGUAAGUACCAAAACCAUUGUGGCAUAUUACAAUAGUUUUGAUGUCAUGAAUCUGCCUUCCCGUCAUUUUCUGCAAAACAGUUUUUGAGCAUUUUGACCGAAACCAUCAGCCUUCCUGGACCUAAAGACUGGUCUAUCACUACUAUCACUUCCAAUGAGAUAAUAGAGCAGAUUCACUUAUACAUCAUACGCCCAGGGAUGUCCAACCAUAGAUUAAAUUUUCACAUUUUCACUAUCAUAUUUCCUGCCUGUUCUAUGUUAAAUAUUGUAUUUAUUGUGUAUUAAUAUUGUUUUUGUAUUUUAUUGUACCCUAAUUGUAACAAUGCAAUGAUUUGUGGACCCAGGACAUACUUGAAAACGAGAGAAAUCUCAAUCUAUCUUUCCUGGUAAAAUAUUUUAUAAAUAAAUAAAUAAACCAGUCAAGGUCUCUAUGCAAACUUUUGCAUGAACUUUGGGUAGCUUUUUAUAAAUUCUAAAAAUAUGGUUAUUACUAAAGUUAAAACAUAUGUUUGUUUUUUUUAACCUUUAUAUUUUUACUCACAUCAUUUUCCGCACCCAAGGUAGAGUUAAUAUAAUGCUAGGAUUUGACAGGUUAAACUGUGUUAACCUGUGGAUAGUAGGAGUUAUAGUCUAAAACAGCUGGAGUUUCCAAUCACUUCUUAAUAGUCUACAAACAACUAGUCACUUAGCUACUUUUUCAUUGACGUUCUAUAAAGGCGUUCUAUAGCCGCUCUAAUAGCCGCUCUAAUUACUUGGUCCCUUCUGCCUUAAACCUGUUAAGAAAUCCAUAUGUGAAGUCAGAAAACACAGGACGCACUGUUCUGUACUCCGUAAAUGCAAUAUCAACUGAUUGGAUCUGAGUGGUUGACUUUGACUCGAGUCAUUAUAUUACUGCUGUUGUACAUCCAGAGGAAACAAUUAGAUGAUUCAUUAAGAAUUACACAGCAGAUCAGUUUCCUGCGAGGUUCUGUUCAGUGUAGUGGCCUGUUUUACGAUAUCUUUAAACUCUUCAAUUAGAGGUCAUUUCCUCAUAGCCUUGUAAUCACAGAGGAAAACAAAUAGCUCAAAAUCUCGAUCUCGUUUUCAUUCCUCGUUGUUUUACUUCUAUUAUGUAAAAAUGAUUGUUUUACUUUAAAUAAUAACAUAAGUAUUUUUAUCAUCAUUUUUAAAUUGACCAGUACCAAUUCAUAAUUAGAGAUGGAUAGACAUUUCCAUGUGAAGUCAGAAUUUGUAGUAUUUUUCAAGUUGUGAUCAUCGGAAUAGUAGGUAGGAUGUUUGAAAGUGUAUUUACUAAUCAUAACCAGUAUCAAAUCAGAAAAUGUGAUCAUAAACACCCUAAAAUAUUGAGGGUUGAAUAAAACAAAACUAUGUGCAAUAUUUUGGUUUGUAAUUUUUUCUGGAAAUAAAGUAAUUUUUACUUUGUCCCCUUGUUAAAAGAAUACUGAAGUCAUUAUUGUUUUGUCUAUUGUUAGAUAAACUGUUUGUCAGUCUCCUCCACCACCUAGUUUCUGUUUGGUCUAACGUUCUCACAGAGGCUCUGCUGUUUAUCACUCUAUAUGGACCAUACUGAAUUCCUAUUGUCUUUCCUUUCGUCCUUUACUUCCCCCGUAUGUUACAGAGCUGUAACUGGUGGAGCUAAAAUCACUUACUGCUUGGUGAUUGAGUAGCAACACUUAUCCUGACAUAUAUCUUUUACCAUCAGCAACUUAUUUGGGGGUGUGCGAAAGGGAAAAACAACAUGGCAUACUGCAUCUUUUUCUGUUGUAGAGAUAUUCUGACCCCCCAAAAUUAUUAGAAUUUAAUUACCUUUAAAAAUGCACAGUAAUGUGCUCUGUUAAUACUCUCAACGGAAAUUCUGAUUUAAUAAAGCACCAAAGUAUUACAGUAAGGGACAGCUACUAUGGUUUCUUGGAAGACGUUACAAAUAGUAAAAUGAUUUAUGACUUACGAGAAAAUUGAUUUAAAGUGUAUAGACCUUCCUUUGCCUACUGGUGUAAAGUUUUAAUGGAAUGCUUUCUGUUUGACUUGUGACAGGUACGAUUAAUGAUCACAGACGCCGCGAGACACAAGCUUCUAGUGCUCACUGGACAAUGCUUUGAAAAUACUGGUGAACUUAUACUGCAAUCAGGAUCUUUCUCAUUCCAAAACUUUAUUGAAAUCUUCACAGACCAAGAGGUAAGAUACCAUGGUAAAGAUAUGUGCGUAAACAAUUAUAUCACAGGAAUCUACUGUUGUCUUAGACUGUCUCCUGGGGAAUUCUUGGGGCACAUGGUAUGGUAUGAAGUGUGUUGGUGUCUAAGUGUGGUGUGCAAUUGCACGGGAGCUACAGGAAUCUAGAGAAGGAGGUUUGUAAAAGGCAAAACAUUUCAGAAGUAAAUGGCACAAACUGUGACUGAGCUCUAAAUCUGGCUGUUAAUACCUCUAGGGGAUCUUUAAUGGUAAUAUUGUUAGUGAAUAAUUUACAAAACCUAGAGGGCGUAGCUUCAUAUUUCACUAUAUAAAGCCUCAACUGAUAGAUACAGUCACAACUUCUUUUCAAUCCAAUACGGCUGCUACAUGACUACUGGGCAAGAAGGCUUACCAUUUCACCAUUGAAUCUUCAUAACUUAAUUUUCAAUCCAAGUACAAACCAUGACACCUAGUGAAGUUUUAAAAUGCCCUCUAGGGGCCAAUAGAGCAUGUCUGAAGUGCUCUCUGGGCAGAUUUAAAAAAUUACCUAAAUUCUACACAUGUCCACUUGUCCUCAACAGCUUAUACAAACAGCCAUUAUUCAUAAUUAAUUAAUCAGUCUGUGUUGUAGAGGAAGCAGGGGAGAGAAAAUUAUAGUGCAGCAGAGCUCUAUGGUGUAUGCGUGUCAUUUAUAAUGAAAAUGUAUUAUUUUGACAAGAAUUAAAAUAUUAUAAUAAUAUUUUGCGAUUUUUAUAGCGCUUUACUCUACAAGUAUACAAACAUAAAGACAUAAAAGUUAGGAGUUUCUGAAGGUCAGCUGAGUGGACUGAAUGCCUGAUGAAAGUGGUGGGUCUUUAGCUUUUUUUUAAAAAGUCUGUAAAGACGGUGCCUCUCUUAUUGUGCGUGGUAAAGAGUUCCAGAAGGUGGGGGCAGCGUGGCUGAUUGCCCUUGGACCUGAGUCUGUCUUUAUUCUUGGCACUGACAGUAAGGAUUUAAUGGCUGACCGAAGUGAACGGGAGCUCUUUCAGAUACUGUGGGCCUUGAUUGUUUAAGGAUUUGAAGGUUAGCAGGCCAAUUUUUAAAUAUGUUUGACAUUUAAUUGGAAGCCAAUACAGGCAGUGGAAAACAGGAGGUUAUGUGGCAGGAGUGAGUUUGAUUGGCCAGUAGUCUGGCUGCUGCAUUUUGUACAGUCUGAAGGCGAUGGAGUUCUUUUUAUGGGAGGCCCAAGUAAAAUAUAUUGCAGUAAUCUAGCCAGUGAAAUUAAGUGUUGUAUCUUGGCUAUGUUUUUGAGAUGAAAGUAGGAAGAUUUUAUUACGGAGGAAAUCUGCUGUUUAAAUGAUAGUCCAAAGUCAAUCAGCACUUCCAGAGUCAAUUAAGAGAUUUUUGUUGCCCGUGGUCCCCUCACCAAGAGUAACUCUGUUUUGUCCGGGUUCACUUUAAGCCAACUAGCAUUCAUCCAUUCUAUGAGGUCUACUAAGCAACUGUUGAUGCGGCAUGUUGGGUCUGUGGUAUCUGGAGCAAAGGAGAAGUAGAGUUGUGUGUCAUUAGACAUGCAGUCUGGGUCUAAUAAAGGUUUCUUUAGGAGUUGGUUCACCACAGCUUCUUUUAGAGGAUCUGGGAAGGUUUUAGUGAACACUGCACUAUUUUUGUGAGGGCUAUCUCAAUGCAUGCAGAUAUAAGCUGAGUUGGAGCAGGGUCUAAGUCACAUGUAGUAGGGUGUAACUUUCGCAUGGUUCUUUUAACUCCCUUUAUAUCCACGUUUGUAAAAGUGGACCAUAAACUGGGGCAAUCUGGCAUUCCAUUGUAGUGGUUCAGGUGUGUAACUGUUUGGCCUCCUGAGAUAGAAGCUCGGAUUGAGGAAAUCUUGUCUCUGAAGAAGAUCGCAAAUGCUUCAAACUUAUCCUGAGAAAAGUUGGUGGGGAUAUGCAUGCAUACUGGUUUGCAGAGCCUUUCUACUGUGCAAAACAGUUGCCUGGAUCUAUUGUGGGAGAGUGCAAUUUUGCGUGAUAAAAAUGAAUAUUUUUUCUGAGUCAUCUUGAAUUGAUAUUCAUUUAGAUGUUUGGUAAGAGCGGCUAUAUCCUCUGGAUCAUGUGUCCUGCACCACUUUCUAUCGAGUUUACGGUCUGUUCUCUUCAUUUCUCUGAUGGUGUUAUUAAACCACGAUGCACUGUUGUAGGUUUUGACUGUGUGUAUGUGUGUUGGUGCAAUGCUUUCUAGGAUAUCUCUCAUGGUUUUGUUUUAGAGUCGGACUAAGGAGCUGGGGUCUUCACAAGUGCCCAUGCUGCUCUAAGUGCCUUUACGGACAAGUCUCCUCUGGACAGUGGUCAACAUAUUGCCAGUGAUAAAAAGAAAAAUAAACUAAAAUUAAAUAGAAGUAAAAAUAAAUGGAUACUUUUAGGUUUGAAAAUCUAUCAAUCUAUCUAUCAUCUAUCAAUGCUAAUCCAUUUCCCUCAUUCAACACACAUGAUAAUAAUUUUCUGCUGUAUAUAACAUGUUAAUCAUUUUCUACUGUCAAAGUUAAUUCAUUUUACUAAAUUAACAUGCAUAGUCUUUCAUAUUCUUCUAGUGAGCACAUAUAAUUGCUUUAUAUCUGCAUGCAGGGCCAUUUUUAUUUUUUUACCAAUUAAUACAAAAAUAUGUUGGUGUAUAUUUUAUUGUAAAAAAUUGAAUAUCUUUACAGUUAUAUAGCAAAAACUUACCAGUAUUAAAAAAAAAAUAGGAUGUCUAAUAAUUUAUCGUCAAACUUACACCUUGAUUUUAUAUUUUUGGAUAAGCAUUUCAAACAAUUUAAUAUUUUUAUACAUUCUUUUAAAAGAAUGUAAUGUUUUAAAAAUGAUGUUACUAUAUUAAUAUACUAUGAUAAUACUUUCGAUAUACAUAAUAUAUUUUAUGAUAUUUUUUAAUGUUUUGAAAAAAUCAUUUUAAAAGUUUGUUUUUAAAAAAUAUGAAAUGGUUAGAACAGCUUAUCCAAAUAUAUCAAAUCGAGGCCAUUAUUUUGACAUUUGAUACCUUAAGUGAGGUUGCAAACUAUGUUCCAUAACUCCUUGUGUUGGUCUGUAGCUUCUACAAUUUUCUGCUUGCCAAAAGCUACCCGAGUUUAAUAGGCGCUGUACUCGAAGAGCAGGUGGUAUGUUGGAUACCAUUCACGCUCCCCGAAAUAACAUUUCGGCUGAGAUCAAUCAAUUUAAACAUACAGUACUUGUAUUAUCUGUGCUAUUUUGAAGCACCAUUAAUCUCUGUGUACUCUUUGUUUUAACACUAGAUUGGUGAACUGCUAAGUAAUACACAUCCUGCUAACAAGGCAAGCUUGACACUAUUUUGUCCUGAAGAAGGAUAUUGGAAAAAUUCAAAUCUAGACAGGCACAACCUUCAAGAUUUCAUAAACAUCAAACUUAAUUCUGCUUCAAUUUUGCCUGAAAUGGAAGGACUUUCUGAAUUCACAGAGUACUUGUCAGAAUCUGUAGAAAUACCUUCACCUUUUGAUACUUUGGAGCCACCAACCUCUGGAGGCUUUUUGAAGCUUUCAAAGCCUUGUUGCUAUAUUUUCCCCGGUGGCAGGGGGGAUUCAGCUCUGUUUGCUGUAAAUGGAUUCAACAUGCUUAUUAAUGGAGGAUCAGAGAGAAAGUCUUGCUUCUGGAAACUCAUUAGACAUUUAGACAGAGUAGAUUCUAUUUUACUCACCCACAUUGGAGAUGAUAACUUGCCUGGUAUUAAUAGUAUGCUGCAAAGGAAAAUGUCAGAGCUGGAAGAGGAACAGUCUCAGGGUUCAACAACUAAUAGUGAUUGGAUGAAGAACUUGAUAUCACCCGACCUUGGUGUUGUGUUUUUAAAUGUUCCAGACAACUUGAAAAAUCCAGAACCCAACUUUAGAAUCAGAAGAAGCAUAGAAGAAGCAUGCUUUACUCUCCAAUAUUUAAAUAAACUAUCUAUGAAACCAGAACCUCUUUUCAGGAGUGUGGGAAACACAAUUGACCCUAUUAUUUUAUUCCAAAAAAUGGGUGUUGGGAAACUUGAGAUGUAUGUUUUAAACCCAGUGAAAGGUAGUAAAGAAACGCAAUACUUUAUGCAGCAGUGGACGGGUAGCAAUAAAGAGAAAACUGGCUUGGUGCUACCCAAUGGUCAAGAAGUUGAAAUUCCUGUAAACUAUUUAACUUCCAUUUCAUCACUGAUUGUAUGGCAUCCAGCAAAUCCUUUAGAAAAGAUAGUGAGGGUUUUAUUUCCUGGAAAUACCACCCAAUAUCAAAUUCUUGAAGGUUUGGAGAAACUUAAGCAUCUGGAUUUCCUGAAACAGCCUGUAAUCACACAGAAAGACCUAAGUGAUAAUACACCAAGCCCUGCCGUAAAACAAGCAAAACUGAAACAAAGAGCAGAGAGCAAAGAAAGUUUGAAGAUGUCAAUGAAAACCACUUCCAGCAAGACAGUCAAAAAAGACUCAAAGGACGAAUCAACUGAACCUCUAAAAAUUUCACAAACUGAGCAGGCUCCAAAACUAGAAAGCAAAGAAAAAGUUGUAGUUAAGAAGACACAAAAAACAGAGUCUAAAAUUGUGCCAGAAAAAAAUGUAUCCAACAAAGAAGAGCCAGUUAUUAAAUCGGAAUCCGUUGAAAAGCAAAAGACAGAAGUUAAACCUAAAGCCAUGAAAGAGAAAGCAGUAAAAAAAGAAGUAAAAGCAAAAUCAGAAGAUGUCAAAGAAGAUAAAGAAAAGCCAAAAAAAGAAACUCCUAAAAAGGAAGAGAAAAUAACAGUUAAAAAGGAAGAGAAACUAAAGAAAGAGGUGAAGAAAGAAACAAAGAAAGAAGACAAAAAGGAGGUGAAGAAGGAGGCCAAAAAAGAAGUGACACAGAAGGACCCAAAAAAAGAUGAGAAAAAGGAAGCUAAAAAAGAGGAAAAAGAAAAGAAAGAGGAGAAGGAAAUAAAAAAAGAAACCAAGAAAAUUUCCAAGGAUGUAAAGAAAGCUUCUGCCCCAACUCCGGAACCAAAAAAACCUGCUGUGAAAACGAAAGUGCAAAAGAAGGAUGAUCAUGUAAAAAAAGAUUCUGUAACUCCAAGCAAAACCAAGGAAAAGAGUAAAGUAACCAAGAAAGAAACCAAAAUCACAGGGAAGAAGGCUGUGGCAGCUGCGGCAGCUGUCGUUUCCACUGCGGCCGUAUCUGCUGCCGCUGCUGUGGCUUCUGUUUCAGCUGCGGCUGCACCCACUGCCAAAGUAACAGAACUUGAGGCUCAGAGAUCCUUAAUGUCCUCUCCAGAGGAUUUGACAAAAGACUUUGAAGAACUCCAAGAUGAAGAAGGCCUAUUGAAAAAAGAAGUGAAACCUCACCUUGAUGCCUUAGAACCUAGUAAUGAAGCAGAGAUAGUACAGAGUGAGUCUUACAUCAUAAAGAAAGAUAACACAAGCAGUGAAGAACCUGCAGAUUCUCCUGAUGAAGGUAUAACCACCACAGAAGUUGAAGGUGAAUGUGAACAAACUCCAGAUGAAUUAGAGGUACUAGAGAAACAAAGAGUAGAUGAGAACGAGAAAUUUGAAGAUGAAGGAACGGGGCUUGAGGAAUCCUCUGAAGCUGGGGACUAUGAAGAAAAAGCAGAGACAGAAGAAGUUGAGGAACAAGUAGAAGAUAUAGAAGAAAGAACAUCACUAGGAGAGCAACCAGCCACUGAAAUUGCUGAAGCUGAUGAAACUGAAGAGGAAGCUGAAACUGAUGUCUAUGAGCACAUAAAAAGCAAGCAUGGCAGUCAUGAAGAUAUUGUUGAUUCUGAGGUAGGGGAUGAACAAGCUGAAGAUGAAAUUGAUGAGAGUGCUGAAAAAGGAGAAGCUGAGGAAACUGAUGAAGAAGUAGAAGAAGAGAAAAUAGACAAUGAAAAAGAUGAUGAAAGGGAAGUUGAAAAAUUAGAAGCUGAAGAAGUUUAUACAUCUACCAUAAGAAACAAAUCUGAGUUUUUCAGUGACAUAGAAGAUAAAUAUGCACUAUCAGCUACACCAUCUAAGACAUCUGAGCCCCAGUCACCAGCUGUAGAGCCAGGUGCUUCUAUUCAUGAUGAGACCUUACCUGGGGGUUCAGAAAGUGAAGCAACUGUUUCUGAUGAAGAAAAUAAAGAAGACCAGCAUGAAGAGUUUACUGCUACAUCCGGUUUUACACACUCCACAAUUGAAAUUUCAAGCGAACCAACUCCCAUGGAUGACAUGUCAACUCCAAGAGAUGUAAUGAGUGAUGAAACAAACAAUGAAGAAAGUGAAUCACCAUCUCAAGAGUAUGUCAAUAUUACAAAGUAUGAAGCUAACCUAUACUCCCAGGAAUAUGACAGAACAAAAAUAUCACCACUUCCAGAUGUUUUAAAUGGAUUUUCUGAUGUGUCAAAAACCGAUGCAACUGAUGGUAAAGAAUACAGUGUUUCAGCUUCUACUAUUUCUCCUCCAUCAUCAUUAGAAGAGGACAAAUUUAGUAAAUCAUCUUUGCGUGAGGCAUACAUAUAUGGAAAUAUCGAAGUAGAAGGUUCAACGAAACUAGAAAUUCAUGACAAUUUUGAGCUUAAAGAAAACCACAGUCCAAAUAAAAGUCCAAUUGCCUCAUCACCCAUUUCUAAAACACCAGUGAGUGAAAGAAGUGUUAAUUUUGAUCUGACUCCUAAUGAAAUUAAGACAUCAGAGCUUGAGGUUUUACCACCAUUGCCAGAUGAAGUCCAUGAACUCACUGAACAGUGUGCUAGUCCAGAUGAGAAAACUUUAGAAGUUGCUUCUCCUUCACAAUCCCCUGCAGGAAGCGCAGGCCACACUCCAUACCAUCAGUCACCAACCGAUGAGAAAUCUGCAAACCUUGUUUCACAAUCUGUGGAAAAGACUUCUAUUCCUGUUAUAUUUGAGUUUUGUGAUACCAAAGAAAACACUGAUAGCAGCAGAAUAAGUCCCAUGGAUGAACCAGUGCCUGAUUCUGAAUCCCCAAUAGAGAAAGUUUUAUCCCCAUUACGUAGUCCACCAUUGAUAGGGUCAGAAAUGUCGUAUGAAAUGUUAUUGACAACAGAUGUCAGGUCACCAGCUGCAAACAGUGAAAUAGUUGAUGGAAAACCUUCUCCAACUCAUUUUAGUCCUUCAUCAGAACUAGCUUCUGAUGGAAUUAGCAGCCAGCAAGAAGAGAGUCAUUCUAUUUUAUCCAGCAAAGGAUUUGUUGCUGAAAGGACAGUUGAUUAUUUUGAGAAUUCAACUGUACCAUCUGGCAUUGUUGAUGGAAAAAAACUUGCAGGAGACUUUUCUCCAACUCAGAUAAACACAAAUCCUUUUAUGUUAUUUAAAGAUGAUACCAAAAUGUCAAUUUCUGAAGGAACAGCAUCUGAUAAGUCUGCCACUCCUGUAGAUGAAGUCAUAGCUGAAGAUACGUAUUCACAUAUAGAAGGUGUGGCCUCUGUUUCCACUGCAUCUGUUGCUACUAGUUCAUUCCCAGAGCCAACCACAGAUGACGUGUCCCCUUCUCUACAUGCUGAAGUUGGCUCACCUCAUUCCACAGAAGUUGAUGAUUCAUUGUCCGUAUCUGUUGUCCAGACCCCAACCACAUUCCAGGAAACAGAAAUAUCACCAUCUAGAGAGGAGUGUCCUCGACCAAUGUCUAUUUCUCCACCAGAUUUCUCACCUAAAACAGGAAAAGCUACCACACCACUUCAGGAGCUGAGGUCACCUGAACAAUCCACAAUGGAAUUCAGCCAGGAAUCACCAGAACAAUCUUUUGCUAUGGACUUUAGCAGGCAAUCUCCUGAGCACCCUGCAGUUGCUUCAAGUAUGCUCCAUAUAUCUGAAAAUGGACCCACGGAAGUUGAAUACAGCCCUUCAGAUCCUCAUGAUUCUUAUUUUGGUAACAAAAUGUCCACUGACAAUGAAUACUACACUGCAGACAAAAAGAAUGAGCAGGCAGCAGCAGAAUCUCAGGUGGAGGCCUCCCUAUCUACUUCUUCAGCGCACACACCUUCACAAGUUUCUUCUCCUUUGAAAGAGGAAGAUUCCCUGAAAGAUGUAAUUGAAAAUACAGACUUGCCUCUGUACUCUCCACCAAUUCUUGAACACAUGCAUUUCAUGGAAGAAAUUAAUUCCCCUGAAACAGAUGUUUCCCCAUUAACUCCCACUCCAUCAUCACUGAGACAGUCACCUGGUGUUACAGACUCCACAUUAACAAUCAAGGAGUCUUCCGGUGAUUACCGCUCACCAUCACCAUCUCUACAGUUUUCAUCUGAUGCACCAUAUAGUUUUCAGUCAAAGAUUUCACCCCAUUCAACAGUAAAAGAGCCCCAUAGCCUGCAUAGCACAAAUCCAUUUGCUUAUGCCACUGAUAUAGAUGACAGGGAUCAAAUGGGUGACAUAUGUGAAGCCUACAGGUAUUCCAGUGAAGCAAAUGAUAGGUUUGAUACAGCUGAGAAAUUAUCUUUUGCAGAAGCCCGACAAGAUGUUGACCUAUGUCUUGUAACUGCUUGCGAAUAUAAGCACCCAAAAACAGAACUGUCACCUUCUUUUAUUAACCCAAAUCCUUUAGAAUGGUUUGCUAAUGAAGAGAAUGCUCAAGAACAAGAAAAGCCAUUAGCCCAACUUGGAGGUGGUCAACCACCUUCAGGAGGAAAACCUAAAGUUCGCCAGUGUGAUGAAACCCCUCCAACUUCUGUUAGUGAGUCAGCCCCAUCUCAAACAGACUCCGAUGUACCACCGGAGACCGAGGAAUGUCCUUCUAUAACAGCAGAUGCAAACAUAGACUCAGAAGAUGAAUCUGAGACCAUUCCUACAGAUAAAACAGUCACAUAUAAACAUAUGGAUCCACCUCCUAUUCCUGUUCAUGAUCCAAGCCCCUCUCCACGGCACCCAGAUGUAUCAAUGAUGGACCCUGAAGCGUUACCCGUUGAGCAGAAUUUAGGAAAACCUAUGAAGAAGGAAAUAAAAGAAAAGACAAAAACUAAGAAAGUAGGCACCAAAACAAAAUCAUCAUCUCCAGCUAGGAAAAGUGAUGGUAAAUCCAAGCUCUCAACUGCUUCUCCAAAACCAGGAACCAUCAAAGAAACAGAGAAGAGUUCUAAGUCUGUUUCUCCUAAGAAGAAAGAUUCUGUAGAAAAGGCACCAAAGGGUUUAAACCAAGAUGUAAAAGCCUCAAGACCUGAUGAGAAAGAUAAGGAUACCAAGAAUGCUACAAAUACAACAGCCACCAAAUCUGCAAAGACUGGAACCACAGGUGAGCAAAUCAAUUUACUGUUUAAACAUUCCAUUAUAACAGAUAACUUUAGCUUUUCUUGAAACAAAUUGACACAUAUGAACACAUUAGUUUUCAUCAUGUAAUAAUGUAUGCAUUAUGGCUUUGUCGAGUAGAAAAGUAUUGCCAAUAUAUUUGCAACUGUAACACUGCUAUAGAAUUAGUGAAUAACAUUUAACUAAUCAUGAUAGUGUCUUCCCAUCCCAUUCUUGGACAAAACUGAUAAACCAUAAAAAGUAGAGAAAACAAACCAGUAUUCACAUCACACCGUUGUACUAACAACUCUUUUAAAAUGGAUAUCGUAUAAAGAGUGGUUCAAAAGUCAGGAACCACAAUACUUGGAGUACCUUUAAAGGAUCACCAGAACCACCAGAGCUUAAUGUAACAAAUUAUUCUUGCGCAGAAAUCCUGUCCUCACAAGCUCAACUAUACAAACAAACACUACUUUUUUUCUGAGAAAGGGCAGUGUAUACUUUGCUGCCUGAGGCCACCUCUAGUUGUCACUCAGACAGCCAUUAGAGGGACUUCCUAGAUGGGAUCCUGCAAAGAUCGCAGGACUGACAUUCAGCGUCUCCGCUCUCUGCAUGAAGAUGCCAAUUGCUCCGCAUUUUAAUCCAUAAACAAAAUGUAUUUAUUUAAUUUGGAUUUGUGCAGUGGAGUGCCCCUUUAAUCUUGGCUAAAGUUGAAGAAAUAAUAUUCCUAUGAUAUUUCUUAUGGGGCUCUUACUACCUUCACAUGAUAUAUUUGCUAAACAGUGAAUUUUAAUGAAUUGAAAAACUAAGUCCAAAAGUUAAACAAACAAUGGUGAUUUUCAGGAAUGUGGCUAUAGCUGCAACUUGGCUAUUUUAGCUUACAAUUUGAUUUACUAUUCACUACACACCAAAACUUGAUGAACUAAGCCCACAGUUUUUUUUAGCUUUUCUGUUAUUUUUUUUUUUCUAUUCUGAUAAAAUCACUAGCCACUGGCUACUUAGAUAAGCAUAUCUUUGAAGAACAGAUUACUUUUCACUUUUCUCCUGGAUGAAAUAGUCCACAUCUUCACAGUUUAACUAUUAGUCAGGUUAUUUGCUAAACCAGAAAUUGUGUAAAAUUGAUCAAUGCAAUAGAUAGCUGAGCAGAAAAAGAGCCAAACAGCUAUAUUGGAGUAUUUUCCCAAUUUAGAUAUUUUUGCCUAAUAUUUGCAAUUAUCUUGUACCAAUUUCCAGCUAAAUAAAUAACUCCAUCUGUAACUUCUGCCAGAUUCAUUACAUAAACAGGAAUUUGUAGUUUAUUUAUCAGCUUUUGGAACUGAGCUUAACAGAACUCUAUAUUAAUGGAAAUUAAUUUUAUUUUUUUUAAAAAUGUGCGAAUACGUAAAUUUCUAUUGAAAAAUCUCUAUUUUAUGACAUCAAAUGAAAUAAAAUAUACAGCUGUUUGUUGUGACUAUUAAUUAUACUACAUUAAAUCCAUAUAUUUCUACCUAGGUACAUAUGCUAAAUAAUAUUGUAUUGCAGUGUCUUGUAAUACUUUGAACUUUUCAUUACAGGAAGUGGAACCAGUAAAACAUCAAAAUCAUCUGCUGUACCUCCUGGACCACCAGUGUAUUUGGACUUGGUGUAUGUCCCAAAUCACAGCAACAGCAAAAAUGUAGAUGUGGAGUUCUUCAAACGGGUCCGAUCCUCGUAUUAUGUCGUAAGCGGGAAUGAUACAGCAGCCGGAGAACCCAGCAGAGCUGUUCUGGAUGCUCUUCUAGAUGGAAAAGCUCAAUGGGGGAGCAAUAUGCAGGUAGGGUUCUAUCUCCGUAACAACCAGUUCCAACAUGCUCAAUGGGGGAGCAAUAUGCAGGUAGGGUUCUAUCUCCGUAACAACCAGUUCCAACAUGCUCAAUGGGGGAGCAAUAUGCAGGUAGGGUUCUAUCUCCGUAACAACCAGUUCCAACAUGCUCAAUGGGGGAGCAAUAUGCAGGUAGGGUUCUAUCUCCGUAACAACCAGUUCCAAUGUGCUCAAUGGGGGAGCAAUAUGCAGGUAGGGUUCUAUCUCCAUAACAACCAGUUCCAAUGUGCUCAAUGAGGGAGCAAUAUGCAGGUAGGGUUCUAUCUCCGUAACAACCAGUUCCAACGUGUCUCUUAUUUUACUAAUUAACGUUUCAUAUGACCAUAUGUAUGACCUUUUAAGAACUAUUUCUAUUGACAUUUUAACCUUUGUCCCUAUUCACAUUCAUUAUAGUUAAACAUCACAUUUUUCAUUCUUUGUGGGUUUUUAAAUGCUCUUUUAAAAAUACUUUUUGCAUAGAAUUCCUUGGAAAUAUCACAUCUGAACAUCUGAAGUCAAGUGCAUAGUUUCAUGGGGAUAUCAGGGCUUGGCUAGACUAUCACGGCCACUCUGAUUAAAGAGGCUAACAAGGAAGGUUGAUAAAGCAAACAGAGGAAACUUGCAUUGAGAUGAAUAUGUUUUUUGCCUAUUUGUAAUGCAUUCUCUAUAUGUUAAUUAAAAAUCCCCCCCAUAGUGUAACUUUCUGAUAAAUGAACCGUGUGUAUUUCAAAUAAGGAUUAUUGCUCCAUCCUCUGAAGGUUACAAUGUCAAAAUGUCUCAGUGCUUCACUCAGCUAGCCAUUUAAAUGAUUAAUUGUCGGAUAUCUGAUCAAUAAAUAACAUUUCCAGAAAGCUGCUUGUAGCUACCACAUUUCAUCCUUCAACCUUUCCUUUUUAAUCUGCAUUUCCCAUGUUAUCUUAAAGGAUAGCAGUUAAAGCAAUUUAAUCAUGCCAAUCCAUUUAACUAAAUUAAAGGGAAGCAAGACCUAAACAUAGGUAUGCUUAAUGUUAUGGUUGUACUGAUUUUUUUUUUAUUUUAAGUGAAAAAAUAAAUCUUUAGGUAAAAAGCAGCAAAUGUAGUCAAAUAAAACUCCAAUGAUCCAUCAUGCUGAUUUCUUGUGUUAAAGUGGAACUGUCACAUUUCUGAUACUCACCAUAGUAAAUGCCCUAUUAGAAACAGUUCACCUUUAACGUGGUCUAUACAAUUAUGUAAAAAUCUCAAGGAUGCACCUCCGUUUUAUUAGAAAAUAAAAUACUGAAUGCAGAUUUCUCUAUUUUUAGCUGUUCCUAUUUAAGGGCUGUAUGUUUAUUUAGAGCUGAGUCAAAUUUUAUUUUUGACUCUAAAUUAUUGAUAUUAAUUGAAAUCAGCAUUCAGUUAGAGGCCUAAAAGGGGAAUCAUCACUUCUGUGGAAAAUUAAACCGCAUAAUUGAAUGAAACACUAAAAAUCACCUACAAUUCUUACUAAUCUUUCUUCGUGUUAUUCUAAAAGUAUGACAAAGAUUUAGCAAGUGUCAUCACAAUCUAGUUUAGUCUUGGCACAGCCAAGGCACACAAUGAGGAGGAAGCUGAAAUAUAGUUUUUUUUCUCCUCUUCCACUAACCAUACUGAAUGGCAGAAGAGGGUAACAUUGCUUGACAGAAAGCCAAGAAGAAGGCGUCCGGGGCCAAUCAAUUCAGUAACAAAUAUUUGUUAAACACAAGGCAUAAGUAAAAUAGUAAAGUAAAGUAUGUGACAAUUCCGCUUUAUGUAUUAUUAAUCUAAUGGGUCUUGCCCUUUUAAAAGUGCCAUUUGAAUACCAAUAUUUCAUGUACACAUUUGAAUUAGACCUUAUGAAAAUCUAAUUUUAGUUGGAUUCAAAAAACCUUUACAUCAGCGCUGUACAGCCUGUAUUGAAUGACUAUCUCUAUAUAUCUUCAAGUUAUAAGUGGAACAACCUAAUUGCGUACUUAUUGGGGCCCUAUUAUUGUAGGCAGCACUACUUAAAAUGAGACAAUUGGAGAAGGGUGCUUUCAGUCCCUAUGCUGGAAUUGCCAAUUUGAAGCAAUGCACUUUUUGGAUAUCGAAGGAACUGUUUGAUGUGAACAUGGCUGUGGCCACAUGAAUAUACCUCAAUGGUAUUCAGUUCAGCACUUUAUCUAUCCAGUCAAGAUAUACACAGUACAAUUCAGUUGUUCUACAGAGGGUGUAGGACUUUCCUCUGUCUUCAUACUGAUUGGUUAUAUACAUUACAUGACUCCAGUCAGGUGGCCCCUUUCUACGCCCAUAGAAUUCCAAUAGUGGGUUCAGCUGUUUGGUUACACAACAACUGCAGUAAUCUAUGUUUUUAGAUCCAGGCAUAAUCAUAAUUCCUUAUUCAUCCCUCUUUCUGUAUGUUGUUUGUCUGUGUCUUCUAAUCGGUAUAUAAUUCAAGGAAGAUCUGAGUUACUUAUAAAUAAAUAAAAAUACUCUUUUUUUUUUUAUACUAAAGGUAACUUUAAUUCCAACCCACGAUUCUGAAGUUAUGAGGGAGUGGUACCAGGAGACCCACGAGAAACAGCAAGACCUCAACAUCAUGGUGUUAGCCAGCAGUAGCACGGUUGUAAUGCAAGAUGAAUCUUUCCCUGCAUGCAAGAUUGAACUGUGAAAAGGCCACCUCACACCCCAUCACAUAACUCAACGGAUUUCAAGAAAUGUCACACAGAGAUUACAAAUGUCUUAUUAAACUGCAAAACUAUUAAUUGCCCAAUGCUAUCCUGUGUCCUGCUGACACCUAUGCCAAUAUUCCUACCAACAUGUCAAGUUACAAUGUUUCCAUCACACAACACUGCAAGUUAACCCAUCCAGGUUUAAAAUACAGGUUUGUACAACAUGCUCUUUCACCACCAUAAUUUCCUCUAGCCCAAAAUGGAACUCUCCUAUUGGUUGAGAGGACAAUUUCAAGAAUGAGAAGAUGGGAGAGAAGAUGAAGAACCAGUACUACGGAAUAUUUCGUUUUUAUCACUGAAAUGGUACAUUUAUGUGGAAUGUCUUAGUUUGUAAUAAGUUACAGGUACAAUAGUGGCCUUCAUGCAGCCUUUUCACAGAUGAAGCAUCAGUAGCAUGUCAUCAUCACUUAAAGAGGGUGGAAUCCAGGGUAGGACAGUUUGUUGAGGGUGUCUUCUAGAGCUGUUGGUUGCAUUUCUUAUAAAGUGAGUAGUCUAUCGAAGAGGCAGGAUGAAAUAUGAAAAAUACAGCUUGCAUGCUUAAUGUGAACAACAGUAUAUCUUUUAAAGGAUCCUUUUCUGAUUGGUGGUGGACCUUUUGAGAAUAUCCCAGAUUUAGGUAGGCCAGUCUCGGUUUAGAAAAUAAUAAAAAUGGUUUGUAUAACUAUUGUGUACCAUUACAUUGUAAAGAAGGACAGGCAUGGGGCUACACGAAUAAAGAACAAUUGUUGGGCAAAGCCUCUAAAAGUGGAACAGUAACCACAGAGAUAAUUAAAUUAUCCCACUCAUUGUUCCACCCAUGGGAUGUUUAUCCCAUAAUUGUCUUUCUUUCCAUAUAUGUAGCUCCAUAUUUCAGGAGUGUAAUGUCAAUGCACAGUGUAUGCAUUGAUUUUGCUGCUGAGCUAAUGAGCUAGAUUAAUUUUGCACCUUCCAAUCGAAACCAAACACAAAAAAAGUCACUUCUCUCUCUCUCUUUGUUGUAAAGUGUGACCUGUGUUUUGAGUUUAAAUGCCGAAGUUUCUGUUAGAAUGUUCACCCUCGGAGAUUUAGGAAAAAGCAGACAAGUUGUGCAUUGACUCAUACUGGUGGCUCGUGUUGGAUUUAAACUACAAAUGAAGGUAAUUGUAACUUCGAACAUACUAAGUGUAUUGUGUCGAAGGUCGGGGAGCCGACUAGUCUCUAUCCAGUUUGGUCACUAGUCAGCCAGCCUUUGACUGAGUUUCUUGAGAGCUUCAGUUUGACUGCAGCGAGAGAGCCAAGCGUAUCUUCUCUUGAUUUAGUCCCACAGAAUUCACUCUUAACCAUCAAAUCUUACACAUUGCACAUUUUACUUUGCAGUCAGUACACAGUAGCAGAAUACCAAAGCAUUGGGAGUACAUUCAGCAGAUGAAUUGCCUUAGGAAGUGAUAUGAAUGUACAAACAUACUUAAUGCACUUAUUUUUUAAUGUAAGUCAACAAGUGUACAAACCAACUAUGGUAUGCAAGAUUGCAGUUUCCACUGUGUGUGCAUGCGUGUGCGAAAAUAAAUGAUCAUCAGAUGGGCACACCUUGGCAUGAGUUAAGUCUCUGAAUCUGCAUUGAAAGCCAGGCAUGGACACAUUUUACCUCCUGCCAAGAAUGAGCAACCCAACUCAGCAGUGACAUUUUCUGUUGAUUAAUGCUCCUGUUUUGUGAAAUGUUAGGUUUAAAACAUUGAGAACAAAUGUACAGUCAUUUUUAUUUUUUUUGUCAUUAUGUGUAGUUAAUUACCCGUAAGGUAAUUAGUUUACAAGCAAAUUUAAGUCAAUUUAAAAUGGUUUUGAUUGCAGUCACUAUAUUAUGACUGCUAACAAAAACAGAAGGCAUUAAACAAUAGCAUCAUAUAGGUUUUUUCACGAGGGUCAUGCACAUCGAUCAAAUGCGAGUUAGUUACAUCCAUUACAACGUUUAAACCAUCCAUCCAAGAGAAUAGACAUGUCUGGAUUCAUUAUUUUAACUGGAAAAAAUUGGACCUAUUCUAUUUAGUUCAUUUUGACCCUAUUCAUUAAAAUUGUUUUUUUUUUCCACUUGCCAUAACUCACUGUUAUUUAACAAAAUACUUUUUUUGUUACCAAUUUAAUAUAUUUACAAAAAUAUGUACAGAUAAUUCUUUAAUACCAAUUGGAUCACGUUUCAAAUUAAUCCCAAUUGCAGCAUGUCCCGAGGCUACAUUGUGUUGGAAUCUAUUGAUGGAUAACAAUACAAUCUUGCAUGUUCCACACAUAGUGGGAAUGAUGGGCUCGAAACGCAAGAUAAGAAUGCUUUGUGCAGGCUUCUUUUAAUGUUUUUUCUACCAUCACGCAAUGCCUGUUUAGUGUAUAUUCAAUUCUGGACUCCACUUAGUGAAUAUGUGCGUUUUUUUUUUUUUUUUUUACUUGUAUUUAUUUCGGUCUAGAUUUAAGAAUUUUGCACUGCAAGUGUCAAUGAAUUUUGAUACUUUUGUGGGCUUGUUUAGUCCAUUUAAUGCUGUGAAUUAGGACAAACACACUUGUUUGAGGUUUGUUAUAUUAUAUGUGUGAACUUUUUUUUAUAAGCAAUGAUAUUUAUUGCUUGGCUAUUUAUGUAAGAAUAUCCAUUGUUUUAUGCCAUUUUGUUAUAUAUAUAUUUUUUUUUAUCUUUUGUGCGAGAGAUGCCUUUUUUGUUCCCAGAGCACCCACGGCUGGUGCUUCUGGUUAGAAAUUGGUUAACCACAAAGGUCACAAUGAUUAUUUAUAUUAUUUCUGUUUGAGAUUUUGCUUUAUUUCUGGAAAGCUGAUAUGACAAUUGACAUGAUUGUUCUUGUCUUUCAUUUACCAUUAAGGAAUAAUCACCAACACAUCGCUUUUAAUAGAAAAAUGUUCUUGUAGCAUACUUUCCAAAACUGGAAUAAUUCAUUCGAUAAAUUAUAUUGCAUCUAUGGUUAUUUGAACCAAAUGGGAUCACGGACCAAACCCCCAGUGUUGUUGAAGAGAGGGAAACAUAUUCUGAUUACUAAUUACCAUCAUGAGUAUUAUGAUGGAAUAUGAUAAAGAGGGGUUGAAGGUUUGACUCACAUCUCAGUUGCCCCUCUCUCUUUAUGUACAACUGAAUGAAGAGUGUAAAGUAAUUACGCAAAUUGCCCUGGUUUGCAGGUGGCGGUUGGUUAAUUAGACCAUUAUUAAUUUGAUGUUAUUGUUAAAUCGUCAAUACACAUGGAAGGAGAUUGUACCGUGGAAUUCUUCCCAUAAAUUUCUGAAGAUAUACAUGGUACAUGUAAAUUUUGCCUGGGCAAAUAGGUAAAAUCGAAAUAUCCGUUUCAUAUAUAAAUUCACUGCACGCUCACGAAUAAGAUAAGAGGUCAAAAGACAGAACUAGCAGUGUUAACUCUAGCUCAGCAAGAUAUGUUAUGAUAGGAAAAAUAAACAGGAGUGGACAAAAAAAAACCCACUACGGUAGAAAAUGAUGGGGGUACUUUGCCAGUCCUUAAAGGGAGAAGUAGGAGGUCUGUCUUGUUCGUCAAUGAUAGGCUGAGGCAUUGCACAUUUGGACACAUUUAGUAGAACUAAUAUUACCCAUGACUCAUUUUUAAAAAGCAUUUGGUUCAAUAACAUAUAAUGCUAUAGAUUUACUUUUUUCUCUAACAUUAAAAUAUGCACAUGCUUGCAUCUGAUAAUAGGCACUUAAACACUUUACAGGAACUAUCCUGUCAUGUAAUAUGCAUUGUAAGUUCAGACACUCCAUUUUAAUCUAAGGUAUAUGAAACAAGAUGUCCAUGGCUAGAACAGAAGCUAAGUUGAAAAGCCAUAAGCAGGGAUGUAAAGAAUAACAGGGUUAUAUACUAAGGUGAGAAUUCAAGGUGAAUUUUUAGGUGAUUUUCAUAUUCAAGGUCAAAUAGCCAAACUGGAUACAUUCUUUAACUCAUCUUUGCUUUUCACUUGGCUAUUCUGAUCUUCACGUUGAAUUAUCACUUUAGUGAAUAGCCUUAUAAUGUAAUAACAUUUUCGGAAAAGAACUGCCUUUAUAUUAAUUCCCUGUGUCUGUAAGGGCUGUAUGUUAUUAUCAUAGUCAAUGUUGAUAAGUUGUUGAUUCUAAAAUACCCAAAUUGAUUGUUUUUGAAGAAUGUGUUUUGGGUUAAGUAUGGAUCAAUAAUGCUAUAUGUAUAGAUCAAAUUCCAGCCGUCAGUAGUUGAUACAGUUGGUUUUUUGAUGGGAUUAUUCACUAAUCUUAAAAUUUAAUGCAACGUUCAGUUGCACAUUUUAUGCCAAUACAUCAGAUCUUAAAACAUUCCCUACUUUUGGAUACUUUUAUUCUUCAACUCUUGGCCUAAAAUUUUUAUUUUCGAUUUAGAGAAUAACCAAGGGGUAGCUUGACAUUGUUGCAACCAGUUUAUGGAUGAGGCCUACAUGUCGUCAGACAAAUGUUAGGUUUUCACAUUAAAAUGUGUCUUCUUUCUAAAUAAAGAUUUGGAGGUCGAUUGAGGAAUGAACAUGAUUAUUACGUAAUCUACUGUGAUAUGCUGAAGGCACGGCAAUAUUUUCCAAGUGAACCUGGCAUUAGGACAGUGUUGCGAUCAGGUGUACAAUACAUUAACAAAAAAUAUAUCGACGUAUUGUUUUUGUAUCUCUAAACAGUAAAUUGUGGUUAAAUGGUAACAAGAUCACCUCUUUUUUUGUUUUGUGAAUAGACCACGAUAAAUAGAUCUGCUUUUAUGUACUAUAUUCCUGUCUAAAACUGAAUAAUCUACAUUGUGUUAAAAAAAAAAAAAAAAAAAUGUCUGUUCUGGGAUGUGAGCGACUUCAGAAAAUAUGCAAAUCUCCUGAAGUACGGUAUGUGUAUUUGAGAUUGAUUACGUCACUGAGAAGGAACAUAAAAACCGCUAUUUUCCUGAUAGAUUUAUGCUCUUUACACUUGUCCCAAACAUAUGUGCCUGGUUCACUUUAAAUUUAGGAAUCAAUUUAAACUUUAUAUCUUCAGGAUCUCUCCAGCCUCAAAAAUGUUUUGUGUUUUAAAUGUGCUGGGAAUUGAAAAAAAAAAAAUGAACACAACCAACAGGGUUUUACUUCUUAAUAUAUGUCAAUGUUGGCCAAUGAAAACCACAGUCCUUAUUCUUCAUCACCGAAGAGCCAAAUGAUUGAGAAGUCAUGUUAUCCAGAUAAUCUGGCUCAUGACACGGAAGGUAAUGACCAGUUAGAACUUGAAAAGGAAUCCAAUAUUGUGUGUGUCUGGAACUGUUAGUGGAACGUCACAGAUAAAGUGUGCAAUGGACAGACUUUCCAUCUUUAUCGUUAGCAGCCAAACCAAUAUAUUAAAGAACAGGAUGCACUCAUUCCAUAGACUGUAGUAAACCUUUCUUCAUGGUCUUGAUUUACUGUAAUUCUAAUAAGACUUCAAAAAAAAUUGAAAGGAAUCCAGAAUACAAACCAAUGAAAAGGAAUUUAUUAAAGCUUCUCUGCACUAAUAUAGCUCCGGGCUUCAACGCUUAAGAGCUGCAAGUAACAUUCACUCAAGACUGGGCUGUUAUCAAUAGAAAACAAUUGCAUCAAUGAACUAUCUUAUGCUUAAACACGUAUGCAUGCAGCCAUUUAUCUUCCAGACGCUGGAGGGAGACAGUCUUGUGGCUGAGAAGCUAUUCACACUCUCGUUCUGAAUGGUGUUUGUGUCAGUCUGCAGCUGUGUAUGGUAUAGUCUUAUAAUCCCGCAUCACCUCUAUUCUAUCAAUUCAUAUCUAAUGUAGAACAUUAGUUGACAGUGGAGUAAUAUGUAGUGCUUUUAUGAUAUUUGUGUGCAAUACCCCACUUCCACUGAGAAUAUUUGAUGUAACGGAAACAAAUCUGGUUCCACAAUAAAAUACAAAUGUAGUAAUAGCUUC